AGAACCGCGCAGGCCACGGCGGCGGCGGCGGCGGCCCUGGCAACGGGGUCACGGCGGGACAAGCUCCCGAGCUCGGCCGGGGAUCCUCAUUAACAUAGGCCCCGGCUGAGGCCGCCGUGCGCCGGGCGGGGUGUCUCUCCCGGAGACUCCUCCUCCUGCCCUCCUCCUUUUCCACCGCCAUCCACUUCCCCGAGCUCAGCAUGGCGGUCAAGGUGACUCUCCUCCUCUCGGCUUCCUGCAAAUAAGCGCGGCGGCGGCGGCAGCAGCAGCCGGUUUGCGCGGGCGGCUGCGCGGGGGAGAGGGGUUGCGGCGCGCGCGCGGGUGGGUGGAUGUGGGGGGCCCGGCCCCCUUCCGCCUCCAGGCCACAGUGGCGGCAAGGGCGGGGAAGGGGGUCCCCUCAAAUGUUGGCAAGGGCGGGGUGAGGGCGGCUGAAAGGCGCCCCUAGCGACAAGGGAGGGUGCCCCAGGAGGGCAUAGAAUAGAUAGAUAGAGAAAUCAAUUAUCUAUCUAUCUAUAUCUAUCCAUCUAUCUAUCCAUCCAAGAGUGUCUCAAAAAUCCCGAUUAACAGCCGGAUUCCCAUUGCCCUGCCAGGGCUCAAUCUUGCCACUGGUGGAUUCAUCUUCCCCCCCUCAUUUCGCAUGUCUGAAAUGGGCUUCUGAGUAACUGGGCGCAGUGAGAUGUUUGUUACCUCAGACUGGUCAAAAAAUGGGUGGGGUGGGGGUGCUUGGCAGGGGAGGUAGCCAGGAGGGGAAAGAUGGGGGGGUCAUAGUCCCCCUUGUUUGCCUGGUCCACGGUCCUACGAAGCUUCUCUACCUGCAAAAGCCCCAUUCUCCCCAUCUCGACUAAGCCAUGUAGGAUUUUAGGCGAGAUCCCUGCAUUGCAUGGGGUUGGACUAGAGGAUCCUCAGGGUCCCCCUUUUCCAACUCUGCAGUUCUGUGACUCUGUGAUCAAGACCAUUAGCGAAACUGAUCAAAGCAGGGCAAGUUAGGGAUGAUUUUGUGCCCCCAUCCCUUUAAACCCUCCCCCCAAUGAUUUGCACCUUAAAUCCACUCACUCGGUUCGAAUGAAUCUGGGCUUGUUUUCUCUCUUUGGGACCUCAGCAUGCAGUUCGCACCAGGGAGUGCUAAAUUAGGCUGUCAUCCAAAUCGGGCCUAAGGCUUCAAUGGGCCUUACCUCCAAGUAAGUGGGGUUAGGAUCGCAGCCUAUGCUGUUCCUAUAAUAUUCUUCAGCGAUCUGUGUAUACACUUCUAUUUGGUCUGCAACCAGGGCACUUCCCCCAACACUGGUUUGGGAAGUAAUGUACACACAACAGUAGCCGCAAUCCAUAUCUGUCCGGUUGUUUCUUAUGAAAUAUUGCAUUUUGAUGCAUUUUCUCUCCCCUCCCCCCCCCCGGCUGCCAAACCAGUUUUGCUCUGAAUUGAGAAAAAGAAUAACCAGGCUGCAUUUUAAGCUGGGAAUAUGUACACAGCCGUGGGCUAUUAGUGUAUGGAUAAAGGAGGCUUCAAUCAUCCAUGCCGUGUUCGGGUUGUGCUUAUUUUGGAAUGAUUAACUGCAGAGUGUGCAGAUGAACUCUGAGGUAUGUGUUAAAAAAUAAAAACAAGGCUUUGCCCUCGCUAAGCAACUUAGGCCUGAGGAUAGCGGAGGCCUUGUAAGGCCUGUGAUAUCCUUGAAGACAGGGAAGGAAGGAAGCCUUUUCCCUCCACCGAUGUAAAAUAGAGCUUGUUAUGUCACACUUCCUGGGACACGAGGCUGCAUAGGCAAGUAAAUGCUUUGCAUUCCAUCUUCCUGUAGGUGUGGGAGGUAAGGUGGAGCCCUCUCCUUGUCUAGCACUUACCCAGUUUCUUAGAAAGGCCUGUCUCCUUGAGGUACAGUAUAGCUAUACAGCAGUUAAGCAGUUUUAAAAGGAGGAGAGUAACAUGAGGAAAGGGACUGUUAAUUGGGAUAAAUAAGGUCAUUGGUGUGCCUCCUCCACCCAAGGUUUGCUGGAGGUCAGUCUGGGGAUCAGAGGUCCUUUGUAGGUUUUAAGAGUGUUGUAAUUCAUCUCCAGGAACACACCACAUGCAAAGUAAUACAUGAUAUUCUGUUGCACAUGCUAAAUUGCAAUGGCUACCGGAUCUUGUUCCGGGGGUGGGGGAGGUUAGUUUAUUUGCAGAGGGCUACUUGCGCUUUCUGGCAUGCACAAUAUGCCUUCACUCUUGUUGUGACUUCUUUGUAGGAGAGCAAAACUGUUUUCUGAUUGGAACACUUCUGUUUUAUCUUCUUAGCUUCAUUAUCUGUUGUUUUAGUUUUCUUCUUGAGUUAGUAGGCUCUGUUUCUCUUUCCUUGGCAGUUCCUCCCGAGUUUGACAGCUGUCAUGAGGCUUGCAAUUGUUUUACUGUUCAGCAACAUAAACAUGUGUCUGAAUGUCUGGCACUCGCUCUAUCAUUUAGAUAAGAGACUUGAUAUUUAUUACUCUUUAUCUGCAUAGAUUGCAGUUCAGGUUUCCCUCUUUGGUAGAUGAGUAACCCGACAAGCGGAGCAUUAACCUUCCCCCUUCCUUCUUGGUUUUGUAGGUUCAAACAACCCGGAGAGCAGAUCCUAAUGAGCUUCGCAACAUAUUUUUGAAGGUAAGCGACUGUUUUUUGAUGUUGUCAGAGUUCUAUAUUUUUAGCUUUAGUCAUUUCCCAUGCUUUCUUGGUAUGCUGGAAAAUGGUGCAUGCAUUUCUGCAAAGGGCUCUCUCAUUCUUUGCUAUGCUCAGCGUGAUCCUGGAAGUGACACGUCAGUGGCACUGGGAUUAGGACCGCUUGGAAGCAGCCAAUGAGGCCAUCAGCCUGACUUUCCUGUUCACACGCUAGGCAGAUGGAGUGACCACAGGGUGUUUCUGUAGAUCUGGUGUGGGAGGGGAAUCAGUGGUCCUCAGCUUAAUUUCUUGGCCAAAUUUCAGAAACCCUCCUCAGGUGAUCAAUUCAGUCCUCUGGGAAGAGUGUUCUGUCUCCCCCAGCAGCCUGUUUAGGAGAGGGGAAGGGAGAAAGAAUGGGGACCCCCCCCACACUUUUGACUCUGGCCCUGCCCAGCACCAGCCCACAGAGAUUACCCCCCAGAGGGAAUGCGGCCUUGAACAGAAAAAAAGCAACACUCCUCCACCCUCAGAUCUAAGAGGCUUCAGAGAAAGAUAGGUAUUCUCUCUACCUGAGAUUUGCACAGCUUAAAUUGCUCUGGGGUCUAUAUUUUUAUUAAUUCCGGAGGGUUGCACAGCUGCAUAGGAAAGCAUUUUUAAGAUAGCAUGUCCUUUUACAUGCAGUAUUUCCCAUUUUAUGUCUGCACCCCAUAGCAUAUUCUUAAUGGCACUGCCUAAUAUGUAGAUAUGUAUUUCAUCACUCUUCUGUAUUGGUGUAAAGUAAAUAACAUGUAGUGACUUAAAUGGAGAGAUGUCUUCUGGAACUCAGGUUGUUCCUGCUUUCAGAACUGGGGUGCGGAGAAGAAAUGGAGGCACCUUUUGAUGAUUUUUCUCGUUGAACCCCCUGUACUCCUCCAAAAUCUGCUCCAGAGUGUGUUGGGGGGGGGGGUCCAGAAGGUGGUAGACAGUAGUGGUGGGCUGCGGUGGGAAGGACGAUCAGCCAAAAUUGCCUCCCCUCCUUCUGUCUGCUGAAGUGAAAACUCUUUUACUUCCAUUUGCAGACGAGCAAAUCUGCAUUUGAGGCAGUAGGUGUCAAAAUGAGAAUAUAAGGCUGUGUAUGCACCAUAAAUUCAGUGCAUUUAAAGACUCAUGGGAACUGUAGUUUGCUAAGGGUGCUGGGAAUUGUAGCUCUUAGAGGAGUAAACACCAAUUCCUGGGACUUUUUUUGUGAGAAGUCAUGUGCUUUAAAUGUAUGACAAUGCAUUGCCAAAGUUUCAAAUGAUACUAAUUUAGUUCCUUAUUUCUGAAAAAUCAGAACAUUAGCAAUGUGUUUUAAUACAGCUAAAGUUAUGCACUUCUAAACCUGUUUAUUGCAGUGUGCACAGAGAGCCAGUGUGGUGUAGUGGUUAAGAGCGGUAGUCUCGUAAUCUGGGGAACCGGGUUCGCGUCUCCGCUCCUCCACAUGCAGCUGCUGGGUGACCCUGGGCCAGUCACACUUCUCUGAAGUCUCUCAGCCCCACUCACCUCACAGAGUGUUUGUUGUGGGGGAGGAAGGGAAAGGAGAAUGUUAGCCGCUUUGAGACUCCUGAAGGGGAGUGAAAGGUGGGAUAUCAAAUCCAAACUCUUCUUCUUCCGUUGAAAUCAUGGGGAGUUCGGAUUUGUUUUUUUCAUUUUGGCUGGGCCGUGCUUUUAAUUGUGCCUAUGUGUUUAUCGACUUAUUCAUGACUCGGUGUGAUGUGCAGGUUUGAAUUUCUCAGUAGCGCAGCUGGGAGCGACCUUGUUUGUAAUUCCUUGCAACUCGAUCCGUUGCGUCAAAAUACAAAGCGCCUUGUGCUGAAACCACAGCAGGUUUCACGGGUCAGUUCUCUCUUGCUCUUUUGAUUAUGCAAUGCUGUGAUCCCUAAAGGGUGUGCAUUCCUGCCUAAAUUUGGCUACCCUUGGAAAUGGAGGCAAGUGAAGGUGAAGAUCAUUAAGUGAAACACAGUUCAUAUGACCAUUUCCAGAGGGGUAGCCGUCUUGGUCUGCCACAGCAAAGAACUUUGUGGCCCAUUAAAGGGUAACAAGUUUCAUUAGGGCAGAAACAGUCCAAGUAUAAUGCUCAGAUGCAAAUAUAUAUACAUCUGAAACGGGGGGCGGGGAGUUUAAAGCAGUCAGGAGCAGACUUUGAUGAACUUGUUGCUGCUGUUUGCUUUAUUUAUAUGCUAUUGUGUUUGAUAUUAAAGUGAUGGCAGUGUUUGUUUGUUUUUUUAUUGCUAUUGUGAUUAUUAUGAGUCGCUUUGAGCUCAACAGUUGUUGCUGGAAAAGCAGAAUGCAAAUAUCAAAUCAAACAAGAGCUCAUGUGCUCACUUUUUUUGCCUCGAAUGUAAUAUUUAUGUCAAUUUCUCUGUAUAUCCAUGAUGUGUCUUAUGAAGUGCAAUUUAUUAUGCCUAAUACCUGUCGAGUUGGAUCAAAAGUUGAAGUGAAGUGGGAUGCAUGCCUUGGUGAUUGGGAUUCCUGAAGUGAGGUCAGAAACAUUUGAAAGGAAAUCGGCACUUUUCAUGUGAUGAUUAAAUAUUGUGUUUUGUUCAGCCUUUGGAAUUUGUGUGUUAAAGUAAAUGGCAGGAUUGAGGAAUUGUUAUGAAAAGCUGCAUAUAGGCACAAUACAAAGCUGAUCUGAAUAAGGAUAAAAUAAAUGGAAAAUAUCAUUUUUUAAACAAACAAACAAACCCUGUCUUUAUUCUCUCUCUCUCUCUCUCUCUCUCUCUCUCUCUCUCUCACACACACACACCUAUUGCUCUGUGAUUUAUAGCUGUCUCCUUCUUGUGACAAAGGCAACAUCUAGAUCCCUUAGUCUAAUAAUACACAUUUGAGAGCUUUCUUAAGCAGUCAGUUUAGAAAGUUCAGGCUUCCCUCGCACCAUAACAGUACAAAGCAACCUUUCCCAAGCUGGUGCCUUCCCAUCAGCCGCAGCCUGCAUGUUGACUGGGGCUGAUGGGAAUUGUAUUCCAAAACAUCUGGAGAGCACCAGUUUUGGGAAGGCUGCUUUAAAGCGAUAUCAAAAGUGCCUCCUCCUUAGACUCGUGACUCUGGGUGUCCUCUCCCUUCUUGGGGCUGUGGCAAAUGCCCGGCGUCUGCAACCUAUGGUUACCCUAUGCCAAGCAUAGGCAAACUCGGCCCUCCAGAUGUUUUGGGACUACAACUCCCAUGAUCCCUAGCUAACGGGACCAGUGGUCAGGGAUGAUGGGAACUGUAGUCCCAAAAACAUCUAGAGGGUUGAGUUUGCCUAUGCCUGCCCUAUGCUCUAAAGAGCCAGGCGGUUUGCUAGUCUGUUGCUGCCUGUGAGAUUUGCCACCCUAUAUACCUCUGUAUCCAGCAUACACACAUUGCUGAAUCUUUUCCUCCCCUCAAGUCUGUCAUUUUUUAAAAUUUACUUUUAUUUCUAUGUCGUUUUUCAUUCAAAUGACUCCCAAAGCGGUUCAUAAAUAAUAACAUGAUAGAACUCCCCCCCCCAUAAGCCAUGCUUUUCUUGGCGCCUCAACCAUUUGUGCCGCUAAGUGUCUUAAUAUUACAUCUGCAUGGGAACCCUGACUUUGGUUACAUCUAUAAAUAAGUAGAUGAAUAAAUGCCCACUAUGCGUUGCUAAAGUACAACUUGCAAUUCACUUCAGUAGAAGCUGCACAAAAGGGGAGGUUGUUACUUCAGAGACUAGCCUGGUUUGGUGACUUUAAAAGUCCUAAAAUACUAAAUAGUUUCAGGGAAAGAAAGAGGAGAGGAAUCAAAUGUUAAAAAUGUAAAUCCCCCUCCCUGAUUUUUUUUUUGGUAGGAUUUCUGGAAGCUGAUUUUUAACAUUUGAAAUAGUUGCAGAGUUAUUGUUGGGGUUUUUUUACGGUUAAUUUUCCUAUUUUGAUUUGGCCCCCAAACCCUUUUAGUUAGAAGUCAGUCCCAUUGACUUGAAGGAAAUCUAAAAAACCAGUUUGAGUCUCGUUCACAAAAGAAUCUUCUUAUUUUUGUUGUUGUGAUGUAGGACAACCUAAGAUAUAAAAUGCUAUUUAAUUGUCAGAUUGUAUAAUAAAACAUAUUUCAUAUAUGAAAACUAUAUUUCAGGCUGUAAGCUUUCAUUAGAUAAAUAAUUUUCUGCUAUAAGUUUCUGAUUGGCCCAUCGUUAGCAAGGAUUUGAGCAACACUGUGAAUCUUGUUUCUUAGCAAGAUUUACAAGGCCUCCUCUUCCCCUUUGUGAAUGUGCUCUGAAAACAUCUCUUCAGAAGGAUUGUUACGAUCAAUUUUACUAACUUAUAUUUGUACAGUUUUAUGGAGAUUUAGUUUAUUUGUUUGCUAUAUUUAAACUUUGUCUUGUUUUUUGACUUGUGAACUGCUUUGGAGCAAUUAUGCACACAAAUUAAUUUUGAAAGCAGAAUACAAAUGAGUAUAUAAAAAAGCACCAAAUAAACAAUUAUUACCUUAAAAACAACUGAUUUUUUAGUCGGUGUGCUAAUAAGAUGAUUAAGAGCUGGCUGACGCAAAUCUGUACCAAAUAUGCUGCACACGAAUGGCUUAAUUAUUUUCUCAGGCUCCAGCAAUUUGUAUGGUUUCCAACACCAUUCUAAAUCUUAUGACCUUUUCUCAGAGUGUUUUCAUUAGUUAGCAGUGCAGAAUUUUACCUGUGGAAAAUAGAGAAUUGUUUUACUUUUCAGCUCAAUUUCCAGGUAGAACUCAACGGCCCUUAUUUCACGUCUUACCAGUAGCUAGAGUAGUCUGUCCCUCUUUGGUGGGAGAUAGUUCAGAUUAUGUGCACCAGGAAAGUGUUACUGAAAAGCCCUGGUACAAAUAAACAAAUUUGUACAGCUGAAAUCCUUUUUUUAAGAACGCAAAGGGAGCCUUCCUGGAUUAGACCAAGGGCCCAAGCGUCCUGUUCUCAGCAACUAGUACAGAGUCAGGGACGCGGGUGGCGCUGUGGGUUAAACCACAGAGCCUAGGACUCGCCGAUCAGAAGGUUGGCGGUUUGAAUCCCCGUGACGGGGUGAGCUCCCAUUGCUCAUUCCCUUUUCCUGCCAACCUAGCAGUUCGAAAGCACCCCUAAGUGCAAGUAGAUAAAUAGGUACCGCUCCGGCGGGAAGGUAAACAGCAUUUCCGUGCACUGCUCUGGUUCGCCAGAAGCGGCUUAGUCAUGCUGACCACAUGACCCGGAAGCUGUACGCCGGGUCCCUCGGCCAAUAAAGCGAGACGAGCACUGCAACCCCAGAGUUGGUCACGACUGGACCUAAUGUUCAGGGGUCCCUUUACCUUUACUAGUACAGAGCCAUGUCUUGACCAGCUGCCCAUAGUACACUGCUGAGGUCUAAUGCACUUGUUUGGCAAAGCAAUUCCACAGAGUGGACUCCACAGCAGAGAAAAGCCCUAAUCCUAGUUGACACCAGCCUCUCCUAACAAAGUCUGACCUGGAGCAGGGCCUUGGAUGAAGGCUGGAGCAUACAGGGAGGAAUGUAUGGAAGAAGGUACCCAGGUUCCAAGCUGUUAAGGACUUUAAAGUUUAACACCACUGCUACUGAAAAGGAACUUCCGUGAAACUCAGCUUGUGAGUGGAAGUACAGUCAUGCCUCGGGUUAAAUAUGCUUCAGGUUGAGCAUUUUCAGGUUACACUCUGCGGCGACCUGGAAGUAAUGGAACGUGUUACUUCUGGGUUUCGCCGCUCGCGCAUGCGUAGACACUCAAAAUGACGUCACGCGCAUGCGCGGAAGCGGUAAAUUGCGACCUGCAAACGCGGGUUGCGUUCGCUUCAGGAUGCGAAUGGGACUCCGUGCACAUGCACAAAAGCUUCUCUAGCUUUUGUAUAAUAAUGUAUGUAUAAUAAUUUAUACACACAUACAUACCUCGCCCAUGUAGUUGGGUUUCCCCAGCCACUCUGGAUGGCUCCCAACAGAAUAUUAAAAACACAAUAAAACAUCAAACAUUAAAAACCUCCCUAAACAGGGCUGCCUUUAGAUGUCUUCUGAAAGUCAGAUAGUUGUUUAUUUCCUUGACAUCUGAUGGGAGGGCGUUCCACAGGGUGGGCGCCACUACCAAGAAAGCCCUCUGCCUGGUUCCCUGUAACCUCACUUCUCGCAGGGAGGGAACCGCCAGAAGGCCCUCGGUGCUGGAUCUCAGUGUCCGGGCUGAACAAUGGGUGUGGAGAGGCUCCUUCAGGUAUACAGGGCUGAGGCCGUUUAGGGCUUUUAAAGGUCAGCACCAACACUUUGAAUUGUGCUCGGAAACGUACCGGGAGACGUAUUGGGCUAUUGCCUACUCUGAAACAAAUACUAACAAUUUAGACAAUCGCUAUGUCCUUUUUUGUCUUUGCUGUAGUAUGCCACUGUUGAACAAGAUGGAGAGCAUUACAUGACGCCAGGCGACUUCGUGCAGAGAUACCUGGGACUGUAUACAGAUCCCCAUUUCAAUCCUCAAACGGUGCAGCUGUUAGCAGGAGUCGCAGAUCAGACAAAGGAUGGGUAAGGAACCAACCAGUACAUUCCUAACAAUUGAUUGGAAAUUAUGUUGUUUAGGCUACAAUCUGAAGGUGAAAACUGCACAUAGGCAUAGAUUUCUCUUGGAAGUUUUGGCCACAGGGCCGAAGAGGCUACCAUCUUUUUGGUUUUACAAGGCAAUCGACUCUUCUGCUUCCAGAACUACAGUAGCAAAAAUGACCAAGACAGUAGCAUGCAUAGCCUGGACAGUUCCGCUGGUUAUCAGCGUGCUGCUGAUAACACCAAGGUUGCAGGUUCGAUCCCCGUAUGGGACAGCUGCGUAUUCCUGCAUUGCAGGGGGUUGGACUAGAUGAUCCUCAGGGUCCCUUUCAACUCUACAAUUCUAAGAUCUCUGGCCUGGUUUUGAUCCGUGGACAUGAAGCACCAUCUUUGUAUUGUUUCCAUAUGUUUCAAGUGAUUGAUUUUAACAUGUCAGGUUUCCCCCCAAGCUUGCUAUGAGGAGACCAGGAGGAAAAAUAUAGGGAAGAACACUUUGUGGCAGUCUUUUAGAUAUUGGGCAGGAUUCACCUAACCAGUCUCAUCAGCGGAAGCCCUUCACAAUGCGGCUUCCCCCCCAAAAAUUGACUCUGGGGAGGUCGGGAUAACCCCAAGAACAGCCCAGGUUCCUCCAUCUGUCAAACUGCAUUGCUUGCACAGAUGGAACGACGGAAAGAGCAUAGAGUUGUAUAGAAUAGAGCAUAGAGAUGUCAUAGAAUGCAGGGAUUGACCCUGAAGCCUGACUCACAAACAAGGAAAUGAUGCAAUCAGUUCACUUGCUCAGUUGCUCAUUUACAACUGCUCUGGAGAAGUUCUGUUUCCCUUUUUAUAUCAGAGACUUUGAUUCUGGGGUCCUCCAAAUCCAGGCUUAGGAAAGGGAGGAAAUGUCACGUGACCUUUGUAGCAGGAGGUCUCUCUAACUCCCACACAUCAAACGAAGGAGGGCUCCUCCAAAACGUGAUCUAUUAGGGAGAGAGACACUAAUCGCUAUAUGCGGCAAGAAACGAUUUGCCUAAUCAAGAGAAGGUCAUGCCGUACAGCGCUUUUAAAACAUUACUUAUGGACAAUAUUCUUUGUUGCUUAAAUUGCUUUCACAGAAUGUCCACUCUUCUCAAACGUAGCCUUUUAACCCACUUGGUUUCAGAGCAGCCUUGCCCUGCCUCCCCUUCUCUGGUCUCUUUCUGUGGCUCUCCAAAUUUAUUUUAGCAGGGAAGUGCCAGUGUCGUUGGACAAUAGCCAACAAGUAAACAUACAUGGGAGCAGAGGCCACUGGGGCCAUCAGAGAGCAGUGAUAGAGAGACAAUUAAAGGUUGCUGUUAAAACAAAAAAAGCAAUAUUCUCCCCACCCCCAUUUUUUCUUUUUCUUUUUCCUAAAUGUCCGAUUUUCAUUUAUGUGAAAUUAAAAGCCCCUUAUAUUCUUUAGGGUUAUUUUGUGUGCACAUAUGACCCCAGAUGUUAUUCUGAAUGCUGUUAUUUCCCUUACGGCUCUGGUUUAGUAUCUGCUAUUUUUUAUUAUUAUUUGUGGCAAGCCCUGUGCAGCUCUGCCAAAGUGUGCAUAUGCUGAAUGUCCUUUGUCUUACAAUGGAUGCAAAACUGUGGCCUUUCUCCCCGUCUGCUUUCGCCCCUGAAGCCAUGGCUUUCCAAAGUGUGAAGUGACCAUUUCAAAAGAGGCACCAACUCAAGGUUGGGCAAUGUGGUACCCUCCAGAUGUUAUUGGACUGCAGCUCCUAUCACCCUUGUCCCUUGGACUCCGCUGUCUGGGAUUGAUGGGAGUUGUAUGCAGCAACAUCUGUGGAGGCACUACAUGUUGGGAUACUGCCGGGAAGACCGGGGCGUCAGGCAGGCCCCCAGUUGGCUCCGGACGAUCACCAGCGGCCAGUCUUCCUUGGAACAGCAUCAAACAGUGACACGAGUCUCAGAUACGUUUAGAGACCCGUGCACGCUCUGUUAGCAGAGUGUGUAAAUCACCUCUCUGCAAAAGAGGCAGACAGAGGCAGAUGUGCAAGCAUAUCUAUAGCAUUUAUUGAGCAUAGUUCAGGAACAAAGGAAAAAACAUGUCUGCAUCCCUUCGUGUCCAGCAAAACAGCAGUAACACAAAAGCUACAUACAACAGAAGUUCCCAGCAGACAGUGCUGGGAGUAAACAGGCAUGUGAUACACAACAGUCAUGCCUGACCCUUUUAAGGUGGAAUGGAACUAUAUCCUAACACUACAUUGGCUACCCCCGCUGUCACGAUUGCUGUAAGAGGUGCAAGAACCUUGUUUCCCCGCCUUUGAUUUUGACCGUCGUUUGCUUUGCAGUGGAAGCCAUGUGAGAUGGGGCAACAAGGAUCUUAAUGUAUCCUCAGUGUGAGGAUAAUGUCGGAAUCAACUCAGUGUGUGAUUUAAAAUGCUGUAGUUUAGAAUUUAUACCCAGGCUUCCAUUGCCUAUUGUUGCGUGUCUUUUGAUUAGUGGUUGUCAUUGACCUGUUCAUAACAUAGACAGCUGUUCAUGUUACUUUCCAAAAUGCAACAUUUCUUAUAAAGAAGAGCUGACAGCAUCAAUCCUGUGCUAAUUCAGUAUGAUCAGAUGCACAGCUUUCCUUCAUCCUUGACUAAAUUAGUGAAAAUCUACGUUCCUUUCUUAUACUUAAUUUCUUCCUGUUGGAUUUAAUCAUAGGAGUAUUUUAAAUGUAAUUCAAAAUGACUCAGAAAAGUUUCUCUUAGUUUUGUUAAUGGCAGACCAUUGAGUCAUCUUAACCAUUCAUUCAAUCAAUCAAACAAAUCAACCAACUUUAUUUGCAUAGAGAAAGUGCAUCAUAUACAUGGAUCAGAAAACAACACAGAGAACGAAACAUAGUAGGAGAUACAUUAGGAUAAAACUUUCCAGACAAAAAUGGCUCUUAGGAUCUAUGGCAGGGGUCGGCAACGUUUUUUGAGGCCGGUUUUGCGGAGGUGAGGAUCGUAAAGGUGAUGUAAAUAUGGAGUGUCCUGGCCAAAAUGAGGGUGGAAUUCCCAACCCCAAUGGGGAACAGUUGCACUGCUAAGGGUUUGGAAUUCAGUCUCUAGGAUUCUGCACUUGAUUGUCUGGAAUGAUUCCAAUUAUGGUGGGAGCAUAAGCAGCAACUCAAGUGAUAGGUCACAGGUUCUGAUUUUGCUCUCAAUGCAAGUUAACCAUUUGGAGUGGUGGGAUUCCGCCAGCAUGUGGAGAGUUAAAGAAGAUGGAUCGGUCAUGAAAUGUAGACAGAGCCAGAAUUUUAUAGUUGUGAGCCAUGCUUUGGUUUCCAGCAGCCCUUGUCCAGUUUCCAGACACAUGGCUGCAUAUGGCACACACUUUGGCAGCCCCAGGAUUUUGCCCAGAAAUUUGGAUUGGCUGUGUUCCAAUGACUGGUUAACUGCACCUUAACCAUUCUAAACAAAAUUUAAAAAUUCCUUCCAGUAGCACCUUAGAGACCAGCGAAGUUUGUUAUUAGUAUGAGCUUUCGUGUGCAUGCAUACAUCUUCAGAUAUGAACUUAACCAUUCUAGAUCCAGAUGGUAGAUCUGAUACCGCUUAUGGGUCCAGAACACUCUCCAAGAAGCAAUAGGAUGGCAGAGCUGUUCUUAAUUGUGGUUUAAUUUUUUACUUUCAGUGUUGUAAAGCUCAACAGUGUUAGAAUUUUCACUAGAUCUUAUUUUGCUGGUCUCUUUUUCCUCUCUCCACCUACCCCCCCAAUCUGAAAUUUCUGGUUUCUUCUGAUUUGUAGGUUGAUCUCCUAUCAAGAGUUUUUGGCGUUUGAAUCCGUCCUAUGCACACCAGAUUCAAUGUUCAUCGUUGCUUUUCAGUUGUUCGACAAGAGUGGCAGUGGCGAAGUGACCUUUGGUAAGAGCGUUAAAGAUAUUUCCUAAAGCAGUGCGGGAAGGUAGGGACGAUAGUUCUGGUGUGUGUCCCAGAAAUCUACCCCCAAAUAAAUACGUACUUUGAGAUUCUAGUAACUAACUCUUACCUUCUUUUUUCUUUAUUUUCUUCAAAGAUCCAGCUGCCGCACACCAUAGAAACCUUAUGCAACCACACAAUGUGAUUACUGUGGCUCAUUGCAUAAUCGGUGGCUGAACAUUCCUAAAAUAGUUGCUGCAAAAUUUGUUUCGUUCCAGCCACUCCUAGCUAGAUUUCUUUGUGAGAUAGACUUGAUGCUGGCUGAGUGUUCACCUCAACACAUUUUCAACCCAUGGGCUGUAAUGGCACUUUUUGUUGCAUUGUUGUUUAGUCAUUUAGUCAUGUCUGACUCUUCGUGACCCCAUGGACCAGAGCAUGCCAGGCACUCCUGUCUUCCACUGCCUCCCGCAGUUUGGUCAAACUCACGUUGGUAGCUUCGAGAACACUGUCCAACCAUCUCAUCCUCUGUCGUCCCCUUCUCCUUGUGCCCUCAAUCUUUCCCAACAUCAGGGUCUUUUCCAGGGAGUCUUCUCUUCUCAUGAGGUGGCCAAAGUAUUGGAGCCUCAGCUUCAGGAUCUGUCCUUCCAGUGGGAUGAUUUCCUUCCGAAUGGAUAGGUUUGAUCUUCUUGCAGUCCAUAGGACUCUCAAGAGUCUCCUCCAGCACCAUAAUUCAAAAGCAUUAAUUCUUUGGCGAUCAGCCUUCUUUAUGGUGCAGCUCUCACUUCCAUACAUCACUACUGGGAAAACCAUAGCUUUUACUAUACAGACCUUUGUCAGCAAGGUGAUGUCUCUGCUUUUUAAGAUGCUUUUUAAGUUUGUCACUGCUUUUCUCCCAAGAAAUUUCGUGACUGCUGUCACCAUCUGCAGUGUUCAUGGAGCCCAAGAAAGUAAAAUCUCUAACUGCCUCCAUUUCUUCCCCUUCUAUUUGCCAGGAGGUGAUGACUUUUUGUUGUAGCCUAUAGCUAAUUUGGAAAUAAUACUGAACUGAAUUGAGUCCUGCAGGGCGGGGGGACGGGACCAUUUCUUCUCCACUGUUCAUAUCCGUUGCCUGCCCCGUCCCAGCUGCUGCUUCGAUCCAACCAAUCAGGGAGCACAUAGCAAGUAUAGGUGACUUUUAUGAGGACCAAUGUAGCUGAGUGACGAGUGAGAGGCAUGUUUUCUUGGACUCCGGUGAUCCUGACCAGUCUGGAUUGCUUUGCUUUUCCAUUAAGCAGGCAAAGCACUUGCACACUAAUUAGGGGCGGGGUGGGACUCAGCUGCACAUCAUCUCAUUGUUGAUUACCUCCUUUAACCUGUCAGUUCGCAAGCACUUUGCUGGUUUAAAGGAGGCAAUCUGCAGUACGAUCCCUCCCUCCCUCAAUCAAUUUGCAAGCAUUUUGCCCAAAGAGGAGGGCGAGGAAUUGCAGUGUGUAUAUCGCCUCCUUUUAUCUUGCAAAGAGCUUCCAGAUUGACAGCUUAAAGGAGGCGCGCGGCGCAAUACUCUGCCGUAGCCAAGACCUGCAGGGCCAUGUGCCAAGCCCCUCUUGCAUUGUGCACCUGGCUCCAUCGCUGACAGCGCCCAGGAACUGUGUCACCUGGAGGUGUCAGUGAGCUCACCUGAAAGCAGUGAGCACUGGUGGUGGGGAGGAGACGGAGGGUGGCUGAGUGGGGUGGGAAUGGCGCUGAGUGGAAAGGGGUAGGAAAGAGGGGAGCAGCCGGUCUGCCGGAAGAUGGAAGGCUCCCUUCCAGGGCUGACCGACCUCGUGCCAGUGGAAACAAGCCAAUCUCCCAGGCAGGCAAAGGAGAUGACUAGAUAAGAUUCUCUGAUGCGAGAGUCAUCAUGCAUUGAUCUCAGUAGGGUGCUGUUCCUCUCCCCGUUUCCCUUUGGUGUUCUCUAAAAUCCAUUUUGAAAAUGUUCUUUAUUUGUACUGCUCUUGGUGUACUCAGAUGUAAGUCCCAUAGAGUUUAGUGGAGCUUACUCCCAUGUAAAGGAGUGCAGGAUUGCAGCCUUAAUACCGUGGGAUAUCUUGUAGCAGAUACAUUGUCCCAUUUUGCAAGCCGGUUACAGAUAAAUUGUUAUUGUUGUGACUGGGAUAUGGUACUUAAUUGUAACAUAAAUGCUAUAUAUAGCAUGUUGGUAAAGGCACCCUGUUGUGAUAUAUAUAAUUUUGACUUUAAAUUAAAGGUUUGCAUCUUUCUUAGCAAUAAGUUUCUGCUUGAUAGGAGCUGUAGCUUAUCUCUCCACUCUUCUGCUCUGUAGGGAUUUGGUUACUUAAUGUAUAUUAACAGCAAUCAAAUAAUGUAAUUUUUCUUCUUGCACAAUAUGGGUAAUUAAAUUAAGGAAUUGGAAUUUUAAAGCCAGGCCUUUCAAAAUCUAUGAUUAGAGGGCUGGCAGGGUCGAGAAGGUCAUUGCAACAAUUCCCUCCUUCGGUUAACAUCAGCUCCCCACAGACUUAAAUUAUCUAUUAUUUGCCCUUUGAAUGCAAAGUUUAAAAGGAUAAAAAAUGGAGAGAUAUCGUUUUAAAACUAAUGUACAAAUAAUUCAAAGGUAUUCUGUGGAAAGUGAAAAUGCUAUGCUGUCUGCCCUAUGCAGUUUUGACAGAUGUCUAGUGGAGCUUUUGAGAUGUUUCGCUAGAGAGAAUUCAUUCAGGGGUUCAGCCUCUUUCUAACCCCCUCCAGACGAGAGGAGAGAAACAUCUGAUUCAGACGGCACUGUAUUCAUCGGAAUGCGUAAUAUCUCUAACUCCCAAAGGGAAAUGUCAUUGGUCAGUGGGAGAGCAUCUGUUUUGAAUGCAGAAGGUCCCAGGUUCAGUCCCUGGCGUCCCCGGGUAGGGCUGAAAGAGAGACUUCUUGCCUGAAAUCCUGGCACUGGGAGCCAGUGUGGUGUAGUGGUUGAGAGCGGUAGACUCGUAAUCUGGUGAACCGGGUUCGCGUCUCCGCUCCUCCACAUGCAGCUGCUUGGGCUAGUCACACUUCUCUGAAGUCUCUCAGCCUCACUCACCUCACAAGAGUGUUUGUUGUGGGGGAGGAAGGGAAAGGAGAAUGUUAGCCGCUUUGAGACUCCUUCGGGUAGUGAUAAAGCGGGAUAUCAAAUCCAAACUCCUCUUCUUCUGAAGAGCCGCUGCUAUCAGUCAGUGUGGACAAUACUGAGCUAAAUGGACCCAUGGUCUGAGUCAGUAUAAGGCAGCUUCCCAGGUUCUCUAUAUCCUGAAGAGACAGACAUGAUGCAUCUUCGUUCAGAUAUUAUCUGGUCAGGACACGAAGAGUUAAGCAAAUACGUGCUUCCAAAACACCUAGCAAGUUUGAGAUUUCUUGCUGGUAAUUUAGAGUGCAGUCCCACUCAACAGGGAAUAAACCCCAUUGAAUUCAUUAGGUCACAGAGCUUAGGGAAGUUUUUAAUGUGUGACAUUUUAAUGUAUUUUUAAUCUUUGUUGGAAGCCGCCCAGAGUGGCUGGGGAAACCCAGCCAGAUGGGCAGGGUACAAAUAAUAAAUUAUUAUUAUUAUUAUUAUUAUUAUUAUUGUUGUUGUUGUUGUUGUUGUUAUUGUUGUUGCCGCGACGGGGUGAGCUCCUGUUGCUCUGUCCCAGCUUCUGCCAACCUAGCAGUUCGAAAGCACACCAGUGCAAGUAGAUAAAUAGGUACCAGUGCGGCGGGAGAGUAAACGGCGUUUCCGUGUGCUCUGCUUUCCGUCACGGUGUCCUGUUGCGCCAGAUGCGGUUUAGUCAUGCUGGCCACAUGACCCGGAAAGCUCUCUCUGGACAAAACACCGGCUCCCUUGGCCUGAAAGCGAGAAGAGCGCCGCAACCCCAUAGUCGCCUUUGACUGGACUUAACCGUCCAGGGGUCUUUUUUUGCUAGCAAAACUGAGUUACUGUGUUGCAAAAUGAUGCCUGUCUAAAAAGUGUGUCGCCAACGUGAAAAGUUUGGAAAGCUCUGAGUUCGGACUUCCUUCUGAGUACGCAUGAUAAGGAUGCGCUGGAAAUGUCUGAACAUGCUGAAAGCAUCUUAAACGUUGACAUGCUCUCUUUAAGUGUUCAGUAUGAAUCUUUUCAUGUCGGACGAUCUUAUGUAUGAGCGAACUAGCCCCACCCCCUUGACACUGAAAUGCACAUUGGCCACACACCCAUUAAACACAUUAUUGGCAUUGGUCCGAAGGGGGUCCUAUGCACGUAUAGAUGUGUGCCCUUGGAACUCCCUCCAUGGGGAUGCAACAGAAAUGAACCGUGAAUUGGCAGUGAGCAUGACCACCACAUGCUUCACCUUCCAGAGAUGUGGGGGAUAGCACUCCCGUCUGCAUACCUUCACACAUUCAUGCUGAAUGACUGAAAAGGGCUCCUCCCUGGUUAAGAUAUUCUCUGCCAGAGUCACAGUUGGGGCAAUGAUCUGAAAUAGUUAACAUAUUUUCUGUAAUGAUAACGACCCUAUUCUUAUACCUGUCUUUAAUAGUUGCAUUCACACAAGUCUCAAUCAAGUCUCAAUCACGCCGUGCAUAGUCUGUGAAAUAUUAUGGUGUAUUUUGAGUACAGGUAUUCAUUGCCUUUCAAUGAGGUCUUAAUUUGACACGCAGAAUCAAGGAACACAGCAUUGAUUUUAUAUCAGCAUGCAAAGCACCAGGUAUUUCUAAUAAAGGAAAUAAAUUGCUUCUUAAUUAAAACUGAAUAAGGCAAAAUCAUGGAUCUUGAAGAUCUACAUAGUAUUAAUACACAAGUAGUAUUAAAAUCUAUUCUAUACAAAGUGUGUUUUCACUCUAGAAAGAUAAACAGCUCUCUAACUUGAAGUUGUUUCCCUGUUUGAUUGGCUCUUCUAGAAGUAUGGUUUUCAUUUUCUGUUCAAAGAAUUUUAAGUAGGGUUUAUCUUUCUCUCUUUUUCUAAUUAAUUUCCUUUCUCCCCUUUCCCCCUCUUUGUUUUCAAAGAAAAUGUAAAGGAAAUAUUUGGGCAGACCGUUAUUCACCAUCACAUCCCUUUCAAUUGGGACUGCGAGUUCAUUCGAUUGCACUUUGGCCAUAACAGGAAGAAACAUCUGACAUACUCGGAAUUUACUCAGUUUUUGCAGGUCAGUUGCUUAGUUUCCUGUACUGUAAUGAUGGGUUCCUUCUCCUUGUGCUCAACAAAUGUUUGCAAAGUAGAGAUACAGCCAAGCUUUAUGCUCACAAAGGAUCCAAUAUUUUAAACCUUCAUAGAAGCUAAAAGCUUUUAUCUUGGCCAAUAAACUAUGAAUGACUCUCCCCCCACCCCUGCUCCAGAUAUAUGUUUCUCGCAGAUGAAGAUUGUGGGUUGUAAAACAGCCACUGUGGAAGAUGAAAGUCAAAAUGCAUUUGGCAUUUUUCAUCGCAUUAAGUGGACUUUCAGCCGUUGAACUUGGGAUUGCUUUCCAUAUUGUAUCCAAUUUGCAUUGGAUCAAGUUGAUUUUGGAAAACAGUUUGAGACUGUUAGAUCUGAAAAAAGUUAUUUUAAAAAUAUUUUUCCAUUGACUUGUAGGCUUUAUUUGUCCUUUAUUUCUUUGUUCGCAAAGGGAUAUUGCAUUAAAGAGUUGGUUAGAUUUGAUUUGUGUGCAUCAUCAGGCCACCCUUUUGUGAGUAAAAAGUAUGUUGUUCUCUUGUGCUGCUUUUGUUUAUUCUCUUGAUCUUUUGCUGCCCUUACUCUAACCUUAAAGGACUUGCUAAUCAAAAUACAGUUGUGGCUACCUUCACAGUGUCUAUCCCUUUAAACAAAAUGUGCUGCUGUGGUUAUAAUAACUUGGUCCACCUCACAAUAUCAUGACAAGAAUAAAGUAGUUUUCUGACACCCUGAUCCUAAAUGAUUUUCAGUGGUUUGCCCAACAUGAUAUGAAAAAAGGAACAUGGUGGCAUCCAGAUUGCUGAUGUUCUUGUGAGGACUGAUUUUCACAAGGUUGCUUUGCCAUGUGCAUAUUCAGUUGGUCCAAGAACACAAGCCAGCAUGAAAUAAAGGGGUGGGGGAACCCCACUAAGUAAUUUAGCAAACCAUCUCCUAGCAUUGGAUACAACUCAGAAAAAUAUUGGGUUGUACUGCUGCUAUGUUUGGAUUGCUUUCUCACUCUGUAAAACAGCCCCUGGAUAAAAUUCUUUGCCAAACAUGUUGAGUUCUAAAACUGGUGUAAAUUAUGAAAGUUUGUAUCUCCAGGAUCAUUUGUUCAGCAAUCCGUUGACCUCAGGGAGGGGUGUGUAUGUCAGGGGCUCUUCCUCACAACCAUAAAUUUCUGCUAGAUAUGUGCUGUUUACUGGCUUCUGAUAUUUCACUAAACACUGCCACAGCCAUCCUAAAAACUAGAACCUUGUAUUGAACAUUUAAAAAGGUAAGCUUGCAAGUCUUAUCUGUGAGAGUCCGGUUUUGAGUCAAUCAGUUGUAUCUAAUGAAGUUAUCUGAUUAGCACAAGGACUUCUGUCUGCUCAAUAGGACUUCCUGUCCUUGUACACCCCCUGAGCUCCUCUAUCUGUUCUGGGGGUUCCACCAGCCCUCCAGUGCAGAAUUGGAGGGAUACAAGAAAUGUAGAGGGAGUCCUGUUGCUCAGGCGGAUAUCCUUGAGCUAUCAGUUGACUCCAUUGGACACAAUCCAGUUGGUAUUAAUUGUUAUCAUUCAUUGGUUGUAUGCCUUGUAUCUUAUUUCCAGCUGAUGAAGACUAUUACAAAACAUUAGUAUCAUUCCGGAGACACUGUCCUUUUGAGGCUUUUGAGAUGUCUUCCGUUGAAACUUUUGAGAGACUAUUGAGAGACUUUACUUUAGAAACUUUUGAGACGUCUUCUGUUAAAACUUUGGAAAGACUAUUGUGAGAUUGUCCUUAGGCAUCUGUUUUGGAACACACGGCUUGAGGUCCUCGCUACCUCUUUGUUAUAUUGUACAUAUGAACUUUGAUUGGCUUAUUCCUAUAAUUUAAAUGAUAUCAUUAUUCUAUUAUAUAUUCUCUACUAACUAUUAGCUACGUGUUGUGUUUGUAUUUUUGUGAUUGGAUAGCCUUGUUGUGAUUGGAUGUGUUGUGAUUGGAUAUCCAAGGUAAUGGAUAGCCUUGUGUGCCAUACCCAGUGAUGGUCGUGUCAGUGUGGAUUGAUAACUCAUUAUGGACUGGGCUGCCUUCAGGCUACUUGCAGCAACAGCUUUUCCAAAAGUGCGGGACAGAGCACUGAUCUGUACUGACUUCUGCUGGUCUUUAUUUCAGUAUGCAUCCAGGGUCAAUGUGUAGAUUCUGGCCAUCAGUAUGAUGGGUAUUUAGAACAAAGCUCUCAGUAUAUCGUUUCUUAUCAUAUUAUUUCAGGAGCUGCAGUCAGAACAUGCCCGGCAAGCGUUUGCACUGAAAGACAAGAACAAAACAGGCACGAUUACUGGCCUGGAUUUUGGCAGCAUCAUGGCUACAAUUCGUCCACACAUGCUCACUCCUUUUGUGGAGGAGAACUUGGUUUCAGUAAGUAUCAGGAAGCAUGGGACACAGGGAAUGAGGACUGAGAUUCAGGUUCUCAAAAAUUGCAGAUUUGGGAUCAUCCGUUGCCCAGGCAAGAUUUUGUGACCUCCAUAAGGAUUUUCCUGGUGGGGCUUACUAGAAAGAAGGCAGUAACAUAAAUGAGCAGGUAGAAGAAAUAAGAAUUCUUCCAGCAAUUGGUGGAGGUCUAGCUAUAGCUAGUGAAGUCUUCUUCUCUUACUCUCCCCCUGCAGUCCCCUGUGUGCAGGUAUUUCCAGGAACUGAAACAUACAAAUAUAUAUAUAUAUAUAUUUUCUUUCCACCCAGGCUGCAGGUGGCUCCAUUUCUCACCAAGUUAGCUUUUCGUAUUUCAACGCUUUCAAUGCCUUGCUGAACAACAUGGAGCUUGUUCGAAAGAUAUACAGCCUCAUUGCAGGUGCUAGAAAAGAUGUCGAGGUUACAAAAGGUAAAGCAUUGUAUGCCAUAAACUCUUGAGAUUACUGAAGCUGGAGCAAUAUUUGGCCCCUGUUACUCAUUGAUAGAGCAUCUAGGUUUGCCUGCUGAAGUUCUGUAUUCAGUCCACUGUUAGGAGGACCAGGUAGCUGGCGAUGGGAAACACCUCCACCUAAGACCUGGGGGAGCCCUGGCCAGUCAGUCUCACCUGAUGUAAAGCAGCUGAUCAAGUAUCUAUGAUACAUAUCACCUAGGUGAGCAAGCUUCCCCAUGCAUGGAGCCCAUGUAAUAUCCCCCAUCCCUUGAAAUGAAUGGGCUGAAGAGCUACAUUACCACGUCAGAACUUCAGCAGCUGCAAAAGAUUGUUGACUUAAGGCAGGCAUAGGCAAACUCGGCCCUCCAGAGGUUUUGGGACUACAACUCCCAUGAUCCCUAGCUAACAGGACCAGUGGUCAGGGAUGAUGGGAAUUGUAGUCCCAAAACAUCUGGAGGGCCGAGUUUGCCUAUGCCUGACUUAAGGCAACAGUCCAUGCUCUGUCAAGGUCAAUUGUUCAUUUGCAAACUUAUACCCUGCCUCUUAACUACGAGAGCCCCCAAGGCAGCAGCUUACAAUACAAAAUAUGCAUUAAAUGAAACAGUAAAAAUACACAGAAAUUUAAAGCUAAAAACUAGAGUCACAGUAAACUAUUUUGGGUUGUAAGAUCUCAAACAGGGGAAGAAAGGAUGGAAGGUACCAAUGUUAGAAAUAAGGAAAGGAUGUUCAUGUAUGUAAUUACAGCAGCGAGAAUUAUUGUGGCAAGGAAUUGGAAAAGUGAAAUACUACCAACAACAACAGAUUGGCAAAUAUUCAUGAUAGCAUGAUCUGUAAAAGGUCCGUAGGCUGCCUGCUUUCUCUGUAUUCUAGUAACUGGAAAUAUAAUUAGAUAAGGACUCCUCUUGGGCAUGUAGCCCUUUAAACUUAAUUUGAGUCGGUAUUCAGUUCUUUCUUUUUCAAUGGCUGGGUCUGGUCUUGGAUAUUUUAGAGCAGAGCUCUAGAAGAGAGUGCCUCUGACCAUAUGCAGAGUACUUUCCUCUCUCUACUGAAGAGCUGCAAUCCACCUGUGAUUAGGAGAAGUAUGUCCAGGACAAAAUUAUGCGAUUGGAUCUCAAAAAUCUAACAAAUUUUAGAGCAAACUGUGUUCAUUUCAACCUGGUCUUUGGAUUUUGCUCCCAUAACGUUAAGCCAAACUGUAGAUUGUGUAUUUAAAAGUUCCAAUAAGUUACGCAUAAUUAGUUUGUGUUUUUUUGUUUUAACCCGUUGCUUUAAAACAGAGGAGUUCUCUCAGUCUGCAAUCAAAUUUGGACAAGUUACACCUUUGGAGAUCGAUAUCCUUUUUCAGCUCUCCGAUUUGUAUAAUGCCUCAGGGUAAUCUUAACUUUUUUUGUAAUAUUAAGUUUCUAGAGUGUUGUCAUUAGAUGGAGGUUGUUGUUGUGUGUGUGUUUUUUUAAUUGACAACUGUGGGAUGGAAAUUCUGUGCACACAGUGUGGUCUUGAGAUGGUGUGUGUGUGUGCCACUCAGUGUAUAUGCAGUGUGACAUGGGGCUAGGGCAACGUAUGCCUAUAUCUGUGCACUCAUACACCUGGUUACUAUAGUUCCCUCCCUUGCUUUUGAGGGUAAAAGUUUACAGUGUAUGUUCAGUCCAUAGCUGUCAACCUUCCCUUUUUUGGCGGGAAAUUCUUUUACUCCAGCGCAGUUUCCCUCUGCUUCCCACUGCUAUCCCGGAUUGUUAGAUAUCCCAUAGACUGUCCCCGGGACAGGUGAGGCUGCUGAUCCCUUAUUUUUGAGGCUGCUGAUCCCUUAUUUUCAAAUCUGAAACUUGACAGCUAUGGUUCAGUCUUUUAUUACUUUAUGCAAAUGGAGGACUGCACAUGGGUUCAGAUUCCUACUCAGCCAUCAUGAAGCUCACUGGGUAACACUGGGUCAGUCUUACUGAGUCUUACACAGGGUUGUUGCGAGGAUAAAAUGAAGGGUGCUGCCAUGAGCUCCUUGGAAGAAAGUCUGGCUCUAAAUGCAGCCAAAUCAAAUCAAAUAUGCUUUGUGGAUGUGUAAUUUCGGAUUGCAAGCGGGAGAUUACAUUUUUGAGGGCAGUGGUACCUUGGUUCUCAAACUUAAUCCGUUCCCGGAGUCCGUUCAACUCCUGAAACCGUUCGAGAACCAAGGCGCAGCUUCCGAUUGGCUGCAGGAGCUUCCUGCACUCAAGCAGAAGCUGCGUCGGAUGUUCGGCUUCCGAAAAAUGUUCACAAACCGGAACACUUGCUUCCAGGUUUGUGACGUUCAGGAGCCGAUUUAUUUGGCAACUAAGCUGUUCAGGAACCAAGCUUCCACUGCAAUACCUCUUUGCAAAUAUAAAAACUGGUAUAUUGCAGAGAAGGUUGAUUGUAGAAUCUUGAUGUAGAAUCUUUCCCUGUCAUAUGCUAGUUCUGUGUACAGGGAUGAGUAUUUGAUGGGAGAGUUUGGGCAAUAAUAGCUCAGGUUAAUAAAUCAAGAUAUGAAUGAGCCUUUUGCUCAUGCAAGGAGAUUCUUUCCAUGAACUUCAAAUAAUAAGAAUAAUAAUAAUAACAAUAAUAAUUUUAUUAUUUAUGCCCCGCCCAUCUGGCUGGGUUUCCCCAGCCACUCUGAGCAGCUUCCAACAAAAUAUUAAAAUACAAUAGUCCUUCAGAUAUUAAAAGCUUCCCUAAACAGGGCUGCCUUCAGAUAUCUCCUAAAAGUCUGGUAGUUGUUUUUUCCUUUGACAUCUGGUGGGAGGGUGUUCCACAGGGUGGGUGCCACUACCAAGAAGGCCCUCUGCCUGGUUCCCUGUAACUUAAACCAGGAAGCCUCAAACAACCAUAGUUUCUUGUUUCAUCAGAACUGGAGAAACUACGUUUUUGGAAUAAGCCAGGGCAUUAAGUCAACUUCAAACCAUGAUUUAAUAUCCUGGCAGGCUCCAAAGCUCUGUAGGCUGAGGUAUGGUAGUCUGAAAUGUGCCUGAUGGGUUUGGGCUUGCUAUUACGUUUAACUGGGAUUUCUUUUCCCUGGUCUUGAACGCAGACGCUUGACGCUGGCAGACAUUGAGAGAAUAGCUCCCUUGGCUGAAGGAGCGUUGCCUUACAACUUGGCAGAACUUCAGAGGCAGGUAGGUACCUUCCAGAAAAUAUGGAAGCCAGCCAAUCCCAGUAAACGUGUAGCGGUUAUGGCUUUAAGCUAGGGCUUCUGAGAUUAUAAUUUUGAAAUCUUUCCCAUGACAUCCAUAUUUAUAUUUGCUCAGUCCAUGGACACACGAGCGCACUGCAGUUUUUGGGAAAGUUUUCCACCCUUCUGAAAACGGCCCUUGUCAAACCAUCAAAAUGAUUUUUUAAACUGUUCUGUGUAAUAGAAAGUGCUUGAUCUGAGAGGUGGUGAUAUAAGCCUUUGGUCUGUGUGUGUGUCCCAUCCUUUUCAGCAGUUCUUGCAACACCUCUUCCACCAAACAUUUGUUUUGUUUUGUUUUAAAAUUGGGCUGAAAAAAGGCAGUUUGAAGGAAACAGACACAACCUUCUUGUGACGUGGGGACCUCUCGGCUGAAGCACAGGAUUCCCAAAGCAGUUGCUCAUUAUCAUAACAAAAUAGCUGGCUGUUGCUCUGGCCUUUCAGAAUAUUGUUGCCUUCAGACGCUUACAUUUGUGUUUUAGGUUUGUGAAACUAUGUUAAAAAUGAAUACUUUGUUGAAAAAGAAAGAAAUACACCCGAAACAAAUCCUUUUAAAAAGUACAAAUCUGGAUGCUUGCACAAGCUGCCAUGUAUUGAAUUGUUUCUGGAGGAAAAGCACAGUCUAGUCAGAUUAUUUUAUGAGGCCUUGUAUGUGGAUUUUGCUGUUUGCAAAUUACUGCAUUAUCUGGAUUGUUUUGUGUUAAAGCUCAUUUUUGAAAUUAACUUGUCUCUAAUAUUUUGGCAUAUUUCCUUCUCUUGCCUGAUAAAGCCACUCUGUCUUUGUUGAUUUUUUAUUUUUCAUUUUACAAUCAGCACAUGAAAGGUUUGUUGGACUAAUUAUCCCUCAUGGAGAUUGACCAGGACUGUUUGGCUAGACUAAUUUAUUGAAUUUUGCUUAUGUGGUUUGAUUGUUUUUAGCCCUUGUCUCCAUAGCAACAGGAUUUUUAUUUUUUUAUUUUUUUUAAUUAACUCAAACUUUGGGCUGCUGGAAAAACGCUGCUUUAAAGUAGCCCUGCUUAAAAUGAAUGGAAAUGAUCUGGGAAAGAAGGGGUUGCAUAUUUUGCAGCCUUAAUGAAUUGUCACCUGCUAAGAAAUACAGGCCUUCCUGGAAUCUUUUGUGUUUUGGGAACAAUCAAAGGUUUAACAUUACUUGGGCCGGACUCAGUCUUUGGAUGAUCAGAUUAUAUCAGCUAAAAAAAGACUUCUACAGCUUACAUUUCGGUUUGAACCUCAGUGAAGGUUCAAGGAAAGAAGCAUCCUUGGUAGAAUUAAACUUUGUCCUCCUCCUCCUCCCUCCUCUCUGCACUACUCCAUCCUUCUUUUCGUAACAGAAGUGGUGUCGCUGUCCUUCUCCUUCCUCCACUCUUACUCCUCUUCUUGCUGCCACAUUAGUGGUGGCAAAUUCUAACGAAGAGCCCCCAGCACCGUGGGUAGAUGUGAUGGUUAGAAAGGUGUAUUGAACGUAAUUUGUUGUGUAAAGCUUUAAAGGUAAAAGGUAAAGGGGCCCCCUGACCGUUAGGUCCAGUCGUGACCGACUCUGGGGUUCCGGCGCUCAUCUCGCUUUAUUGGCCGAGGGAGCCGGCGUACAGCUUCCGGGUCAUGUGGCUAAGCCGCUUCUGGUGAACCAGAGCAGCGCACGGAAACGCCGUUUACCUUCCUGCCGGAGUGGUACCUAUUUAUCUCCUUGCACUUUGACGUUCUUUUAAACUGCUAGGUUGGCAGGAGCAGGGACUGAGCAACGGGAGCUCGCCCCGUCGCGGGGAUUUGAACUGCCAGCCUUCUGAUCAGCAAGUCCUAGGCUCUGUGGUUUAACCCACAGCGCCACCCGCCUCCCUUUGUAAAGCUUUACAAAGUUCUAAAAGUCUUUCCAGCCACUGUGGCCAUGCCACUGGCCCUCUCCUUUAAAAAAACAACAAAAAACUUAUUUAUACUUGUUAUGCCUACUCGCGUGGUUGCUCGAGAGCGAACAGGAAAGAUCCUCACUGGUCUUUUCAAAGGCUUUAUUAUCGGUGCAAAAACAUUUACAGUGCAGAACGUCUCAAUUUCAUGUCUUGCUCAGUCACUAGCAGAAUCUGAGAGUGGGCGGUCCUUAAACUUUCUCCAGCAGAGUAGUCUCUUGACCCCCAUCCGACGCCUCCCCUCUCUGCGCAUAAACCUACUGCGCAGAGAGGGCGUGGGUAAAGAGGGACUUGCCUCCCCCCAGCUUUGCUCAUGCACAGUGUCUUGGCUCUCUCUUGCAUCCUCUGAGGCCUGCAUCCCUUCCCCAUUAGAGGCGGGGCUUCCCUUCUCCGCGGAGGAAGUACUGCUUCUCACAAUCUUUGGAGUCUGCCUGUAACCCAGCUGCCCUUCCACCUCUCGCGUCUUAGCUGAUGACAGUUCCCUGACAAUACUUUUCAGAUAUAUACAUUUCCUUAAUUUUACAGUCCUUUUUGACAUUUUAAAACUAGACUUCCUUCCCCCUCUUUCUGCAGUUCUUUAAAUUUAUUUUUAAUAUCUUCUGCAUAUCCAAAUUAACUUAACUUACUCGUUUAUUUAUCUUCUUUAAAUAUAUGCUCUUAUGUAGCUGCAGGUUAUUACAGUGCUACCUUGGUUCUCGAACUUAAUCCAUUCCAGAAGUCCGUUCGACUCCCGGAACAGUUCAAAAACCAAGGCGCGGCUUCCGAUUGGCUGCAGGAGCUUCCUGCAUUUAAGUGGAAGCCGCGUUGGAUGUUCGGCUUCUGGAAAAUGUUCGCAAACCGGAAUACUUAUUUCUGGGUUCGAGAACCAAAGUACCACCGUACAAUAAUCUUGCCAUUGUUUUUAUCUGUUUAAAAUUUGUCAAUAUUCAAUAAACCAUUUCUCUUCUUUUAUAAAAAGUUUGUUAUCUUGCUUUCUUACUCUUCCGGUAAGUUUCACCAUUUCUGCAUAUUCCAUAAGUUUUUUUAUCCAUUCUUCCUUUGCUGUGUCUUCUUCUUCUUUCCAAUUUGGGGCAAGUUACAUUCUUGCCGCUGUAGUCUCGUACGUGAAUAAAUUUCUGUACAAUUUAGGUAGUUCUAUCCCUAUAAUUCCCAAUCCACUGGCCUUCUCCCGGCCACCUCUCCCAGAGUGCCUUUCUCACAAGUGAGAUGACAGUGGAGAGCCUCAUCCAGUGUGAGUGCAGUGGAGAGCCAGUGUGGUGUAGUGGUUAAGAGCGGUAGACUCGUAAUCUGGUGAACCGGGUUCGCGUCUCCGCUCCUCCACAUGCAGCUGCUGCGUGACCUUGGGCUAGUCACACUUCUCUGAAGUCUCUCAGCCCCACUCACCUCACAGAGUGUUUGUUGUGGGGGAGGAAGGGAAAGGAGACUGUUAGCCGCUUUGAGACUCCUUCGGGUAGUGAUAAAGCGGGAUAUCAAAUCCAAACUCUUCUUCUUAUUAUUAUUCUUCAUCCUGUGGCCAGUAAGGAGGCAAGGCAGCACUGGUUCACUCCCUCCCCCAGUCUCAUGCCAGGCAGGGCUGGUGAUGUUCCCAGCCUGAAACAUGAGAUAUACACUGCCAGUCAGAGUAAGUAGUUCUGAGCUAGAUGGAUGAGUGGUCUGACUCUGUAUAAGGUAGCUUCCUAUGCUCCUAAGGGGAGAAGGAGGCAAUGUCUAGUGUUGGGACCUCUAUGCCCUGCAUUGCCAUGUCAGCACAGCAGUGCAUGAGAACAGGUCAUUAGACUAAUGAAGAGGGCGAUCUGUGCAAGGGGAGUUUGGCUGCGGAGAGCAAUCUUAGAUAACGGAAGUCGUAACUUUUUAAACAUUUUUAUUAACAUACCCUUUCCGCCUAGUUGGCAAAGAUAAAAGAAGGGGACGCUGCCAGUCUUUCAAUCAUACUUGCGGCUGAUAUUCUCACGGAAAGAUUUUCUUUUGUCUAGCUGCUAAAUAUCUGUGUACAGUGGCUUCACGGAGUGAUGCCAGUGACAGUAAUUUUCUAUUUAUAAAUAUUCAUGCUCUGAAAGCCAUAGCAUUAAUUAUACUAAUUUGCAUAUCCUAUGUGAAUCCAGGCGCGUGGCGGGGUAUAGUAAGCGCCUUCAUAAAUAGGCUUAAAGUUAUAUUUCCAUUAGAAGGGAGGAGAAGACAGGCUCAGGGUGACAUAUGCUUAGGACUCACCUCAGUGCACAGUUUUGCUAGGAUUUCAUGAGGAUUGCAAGGAAAUGAAGAAACACAGGCUGAGUUCACAUGUAAUGGUAAACUAUGGUUUAGCAAUAUGAGGAUGAUUGGCAGUGAGCCAUGGACUCCCUCCUAAUCCUCCUUUAGUGUGAUAGGGAGGAAGAACUUAGAGGCAUUCAAUUCCCUUUUCAUCUAAUUUUGGCUUGUUGUCACGUCUGAACCUGAAUGAUGGUUAAUCUUUCCACCAACCAUAGAUUAACCACAGUUUAGUGUUGAGUUUAGUGUUUAGUAAGAGGGACAUGGGUGGCGCUGUGGGUUAAACCACAGAGCCUAGGACUUGCUGAUCAGAAGGUCAGCGGUUUGAAUCCCCGUGACGGGGUGAGCACCCGUUGCUCGGUCCCAGCUCCUGCCAACCUAGCAGUUCAAAAGCACGUCAAAGUGCAAGUAGAUAAAUAGGUACCACUCUGGCGGGAAGGUAAAUGGCGUUUCCGUGCGCUGCUCUGGUUCACCAGAAGCGGCUUAGUCAUGCUGGCCACAUGACCCAGAAGCUGUACGCCGGCUCCCUCGGCCAAUAAAGUGAGAUGAGCGCCACAACCCCAGAGUCGACCACGACUGGACCUAAUGGUCAGGGGUCCCUUUACCUUUACUAGUGUUCAGGCAAAAUGCUAAACAGUGGUUAUUCUAAAACAGAAGCUUCUGGUCUAAAGACUGUUUCAGAGGCGGAGGGGAGCAAACUUGAGUUUUGCUACAACUCAAGCAUGGUUUAGUAGCCGGUGAAGCAUAAAUGAAAAACAGUCCAUGGAGUAUAGGAAGAACUUCAGCUGGAAAUGCUUCAGCAGGCCUGCAGCUUUUAAUUUAUCCGUAUUUGGUUUAACCAUAAAACCCAAUAGUGCCUUGGUUCCCGCGUUCCAUGACCACAGACUUUAAAUCGCGUUGCAUGCAAAAGGGCAUUUGAGUGCUGUGCAUUACCUAGCAGUAUAUCUUGUAAACGUGGAAACGAGAGAAAGUCAUUGUUGCCCGUGUGCAUCUUCACAAAUUAGUUUUUCAGUUGCGCUGUCUCUGGGAUGUGAGAGAGAGGGAAGUUCAAUCCUUAGAAGUAAACCCCGGUUAAUGUGUUUAAGAGAGCUGCCUGAUAAUUUUUAUUCUUACUUAAAGCUCAGUGAACAGUUGCUUUCGGUUCUCAUAACAGGGUUUUGGGUUUUUUUGCCCAAUUUCAUGUCUUAUUCUCUGUUCCUCCCCCCCUCCCUCCCCCCCCCCACCCCGCUCCACCGACCCCCGUUCUUCACUCACAGCAAUCUUACGGUGAUCUGGGCAGACCUAUCUGGCUCCAGGCAGCUGAGUCGGCUUACAGGUUCACUCUGGGCUCAAUUGCUGGAGGUGAGUGACAUGUCUCUGUGCUGUUUUCAAGCUGGGAUUGCUGUAAUAUUAUCUAGCCGGGCUGGUUGCAGAUCAGCUAAGUUGGAGUUCAUUGUCUCUCCCACCCCCAGGUAGGAAUGGUGGAGCUCUGAAGAGAGCUCUUUAUUGUUACUUAUAAAAAAAAAACCCCAGAAAAAACCCCGAGCCUAUGAUCAGAAGUCCUGACAGAACAUGACCUUGGCACUACAGGCUCCAGACAGUCUUUGGAGCAAAACCUGCAGAACGACAGACUUCUCAAAUAUAGCCUCGGACUCCCCUCUUAAUUAUAGUUGAUGGGACUGAUACCAAACUCAGAAAGGGAAACGAAGGCCGGGGACAAAUACAGUGUCUUUUAUAAAGAGGCUGAAGACAUCACAUUGUUCCUGCUCCCUUGUUUCACUUUUGGUAUAUAAUUUGGUUGAGACUUACCGUAUUUUUUCGUGUAUAAGACUAGGGUGUGUUUUUUUAACCAAAAAAUUAGGUUUAAAAUGGGGGCUCGUCUUAUACACAGGUAGUGCUGGGGGGGGUUCUUAAUUUGGAGUCCCCCCAAAUAGGGGGCGUCUUAUACAUGGGAGCGACUUAUACACGGAAAAAUACGGUACAUAUAGACAUUUGUCAUCUUUGAACUACUGAUUUAUGAUAAUAUUACAAAACAAUAUUAUGAAACGGGGCAUAGCAAGAGGCCAUGAAACACACCUAUGUGUGCUCCAGGUGCUCCAGCUGAUAGUCUGUAUUCAGUUUACUGUAGAUUUUCAUACCCACCUGAGCAGUUGCCAUUUUAAGCUGAAUUGUACUCCUUCCGCUGCAGAGAACAGCAACUGUUAGGGACUAGGGUGAAAGGGGAAUGCAGGAUGCUGCGAUGAAGCGUAUCUCCAGCUUAAUGAGCCUCUGUAACGAGAUGAUUUUUGUUGUUGUUUGGAAGGCCUGCAUCCAUCAGUCUCCUAAUCGUUUGAGACACCCUGACAGCUAGGCCACAUUUUUCAGUAUUGGCUUCUCUUCAGCAAGGAAAAGCAGGGCUUCCCUCUGCCCAGAGAACUUUCCUGCAAAAUGCAAACAUUUCCAAAGAAUUAUCUCCCCAUCCCCUGCGCUGUUCAGCAGUGAGGUUGGAAGGAAUGCUUUGCGAUCUGAGCUUCAUUUUUAGGCAAAGGCUUGAGUGGUUAAGCCGGUUUUUCCGCACCAGAAUUCAGCCUUGGAAAAUGUGAAAUAUGAAUGGAGAACAUAUGCAGAUUACCAGGCAAUCCUAAUUAUCCCACGCUCCCACCCAGGACUGUGGGUAAGAGUUCCAUGGGCAUAAGCAGAGUGUCCUUCACAGGGGUGCCAACUUGAAUAAAAUAUGGAGGGGGGCAGAUAAGCCCUGUCCCUCAUAAUCACAUGACACGGGGCACGUACACCAUUUGAAUGGCAAUGCCCAUCAAUUUGGGGCAGGUGCCCCCUCAAAUAUUUUAUUUGGGGGGGGGCAAAGACCCUUUUGCCCUUAGGAGUUGGCUUCUAUGGUCCUUCAUAUUUUUCCUGUCCUAAGUGCUACAUUUCACUCUGUUCUCCUUUAUGUCUCUGGGCUCUUGUAACACCGUUCAUAUAUCUCAUAAUUAUUUAUUAAUUUAUUUAGAAGAUUUAUAAACCGCUUGCUUAAAAAAAAAACAACACCUCUCCAAGCAGUGUACAAAUAAAAUUAGAGAGUGAACACAGCUAAAAUCCACACUCCAGAUAAAAGCAAUCAAAACAAACCUCAAAACAAGAGCAGAAGCACUUAUUCCAUGCUAGCAUGUUUUGUUUGGGCACAGUGAGAAACUGGAAUAUAAAACUUUUGUUGUCUUUUGGUUUGCAGCCGUAGGAGCUACCGCCGUCUACCCUAUUGAUCUGGUGAAGACGCGCAUGCAGAACCAGCGCACAACUGGCUCCGUGGUGGGAGAGCUGAUGUACAAAAACAGCUUUGAUUGUUUCAAGAAAGUUCUGCGUUACGAAGGCGCUUUUGGCCUUUACAGAGGUGAGCAGAUGAAACGCACCAGUCCAAUACACCUGCGGUUGACUUUUUAAUGGCUUUUGUGCAAGCGCCUAAACAGCGCAAGGAAACUCUCGAGGGAUAGGGAGCUGUGCUUGUGUGUGUUGGGUACUUCUUGGCUUAUAAAACUGCAAAACUCUCAAACUGUGUACCUUGAAGGUGCUGUAUAGAUUAAUAUCUGUUAGGUGCUUUUCUGUGCUUUCAUGUGCACACACAUCUUAAGUUAGUUACUUACUUUAUUUAUUACAUACAUUUAUAUGCCACCUUCUCCUGCAAGAAGCUCAACAUGGUGUGUGUGUUGUUCCCCUCCUCUCCAUUCUCUCCUCACAAUAACCCUGUGAGGUCAGUUAAGAUAAGAGGCAAUGACUGGCCCAAGGUUGCCCGACAAAUCUUAUUUCCUAGGAUUUCGACAUCCUGGAACCAAACUCCAGAACCAAGUCUUACCUACAGUCUAAGCCUCCACGAUGGUUCAUUGCAGAAUCUAUUACUCCGUUCAUACUUUAAAGCUCAGGCAGAAAGAUUACACGGGUUUGACAUUCAGCAAAGUGACUCUGUGCCUUUGCAGUCAGGACAGAAGCCGGUCCUGAUUCCUUUUCCUCUGCACAGAUGAUAGCGCCGCAUGUGUAUUUCGCCAUGCAGUUUUUGUACAUGUAAAAGGUGAAUCUGCUCUAAGACUGCAUGGAGUACAGUGUGUGUGUCUGUCUGUGUGUGCCUGUGUAAGUCAAGAGGAUGAGAAUGCGUAAGAAGUGCCCUAUUCUGGAUCGGACCACAUGUCCAUCUCGUCCUGGGUUUUCCAAACUUGGGUCUCCUGCUGUUUUUGGACUAUAACGCCCACCAUCCCUGAUCACUGGCCCUGCUAGCUAGGGACGAUGGGAGUUGUAGUUCAAAAACAGCUGGGAGACCCACGUUUGGGAAGGUAAAAGGGAGGGAAGCCCUGAUCCAUUCCCCUGUCCUUGUUUUCUGCAGUUGCACCAACCAAUUGCUGAUGGGAAGUCCCAUCAGCAAGACAUGAGAGCGUUCUCUCUCUCUCGCUGAUCUUCCCCAGCAACUGGUAUUCCGAGGCAUGCUGCUGCCUCUGAUCCUGAAGAUUGUAUGUAGGCAUCAUGACUCGUAGCCGUUGAUCCUGUAUAUGUGUGUUUGUGCGCGCGCACAUGCGCUGUAUUUAGCUGUGUAUUAAUGGCGGUGGGAGGAGUGCCUCCAGGUGUUACUGUCUAUUAGUUCCUUUAGCGGUAGGCACUACUGUGCUAAAUAUCCUUUUAAUAGGGGAUCAGAGACUCAGGCUGGGAGACCGGCAUUUCUUUUUCUUGUUGUCAACCGCCCUUUGUGUGUUUAAUAACUACCUUUCCCCCAGCAUAAUAAGUCUGUUAAGCCUCAGACAAAAAGGACUGCGUUGAAAGAAACUAAGCCACGGCAUACAUUAGCUGCUGAUCUGCGCCCGUGCGUGUGUAGGUACCACACGCACAUUUGAUUUGGGCUUCUUAGGAGAAGGGAGUUGCAUGUGGAAGGUAAACCCCACAUGGCUUUUAAGCAGCGAGAGCUACUGCAGAGAAUGGCAUUCUGUUGCCGCUGCUGACGCAAGGGUGUGAACAACCCGCCGUUCUUCCUGCUAGCAGGGAAACGGCCUCAUUGCACAGAAUCGGCCUGCUCUUCCGGCAGUCGGCUCGCAGACCGCUCGGCAGAUUAACUUCAUUUCCCUUGAAACGGCAGUGGGGUGAAUCAGCACUUUAUUACAGUUCUGUCAGCUUUUGCGAAAGUUGGGCCAGGGCGACAGUAGGGAGACAGGUAACACAUGCGCCUGCUGUCUAGGUUGGAAAGGGACUGGAUUAAAAGUGGCAAGAUGCUUCGUCUAAAGCCAAGCGAGCGAAGGCUGCCCUCUGCUGAUCUGUUUUCUUAAACAGGUCUGCUGCUGGAAAAGUACCCACCAGUUAUUGCGGGGCAGGAAUGGAGCUCAUAGAUCGUCAAACCUGUUCCCAUCACUCACCUUUUCUGGGCAGAGAGUCCGGUGUCACAGGAACGGGGGGAAAAAUAAACAUUCAAGCACAUGACACUUAAAAUGUCCCAUCCUCAUUUUAUUUUAUUAAAACAAAUCCAUUAAAUAAAAUACACUAGAUGGCACUUAAUUCAUGUUUUUGCUGUUUCACAUUGACUUCCAGUGUACCCUAUGGCCUGGCCACCCCAAAAUUCCUGGUUCUCAACCUGCGACUAUGUUAUACCCAAAGAAACUUCGCUUGACAAACAAUCUAUCUUUAAACAGGUGCAAGUAUGUAUGUGUUUUGGUGCUGAUAGCCUCACAUUGCACUUACCGUAACUGGGGGAAAAAAUCCAGCGACUUCAUCUUCUUUUGUAACUUAACACUAACUUUUCCUCCUAGUGCUUAAAACCUCUGUCUCUCCAUUUUAACGAUGUAAGUAACAAAGUAGACAGUUGCAUUGGUCUUAGAAGUUAUUUUCUUUUAGGUAGUGAAAAGAGAGCGUUGUGUGUAGAUGUAGGUAGUGUUGGCCUGGAUACUGAGAACUGCACACAGGAGAAAACUCAUGGGAGGGGAUUUUUCUGCUUUCUCCUAGCCCCUUCACCUCCCAUAAACGUUCCCCAGAGCGCCAGAAUGGUAUGGGACUGGAGGAAAGUGUGUUGCAUUAGAAAAGAGGAAGUUACCCAAAAUGAAGUGGAAGCAUCUUACGUGCCUGGAGCUCAGUCCAACUUUGGGUGAUUUCCAAUAAUAAUAAUAAUAAUAAUAAUAAUAAUAAUAAUAAUAAUUUUUAUUUAUACCCCGCCCUCCCCAGCCAAAACAGGGCUCAAGGUGGCUAACAAGCAAUAAUAAAACAAGUUGAAUUUUAUUAUAUAUUUGUUAUCAAUACAACUUAAAAACAAGAUUAGAAUACAACAGUAAAAUAUUGAAACAGUAAAACAUUAAAAUGUUAAAAUGCAGCCUCAUCACAGGAGGAGAAAGAAAAGGAAAGAGGGGGAGGGGAUCAGGCUGAUUCCAAGCCAAAGGCCAGGCGGAACAACUCUGUCUUACAGGCCCUGUGGAAAGAAAUCAGAUCCUGCAGGGCCCUGGUCUCAUGAGACAGAGUGUUCCACCAGGCCAGAGCCAGUGUUGAAAAGCCCCUGGCUCUGGUUGAAGCCAAUCUAACUUCCUUAGGGCCCGGGACCACUAGGGUGUUGCUGUUUAUGGACCUUAAGGUCCUCUGUGGGGUAUACCGGGAGAGGCGGUCCCGUAGGUACAAGGGUCCUAGGCCAUGAAGGGCUUUAAAGGUCAAAACCAGCACCUUAAAUCUGACCCUGUACUCCACCGGGAGCCAGUGCAGUUGGAAAAGCACUGGGUGAAUAUGCUCCCAUGGCAGAGACCCUGUGAGGAGCCUCACUGCAGCAUUCUGCACCCGCUGGAGUUUUUGGGACAGCUUCAAGGGCAGCCCCGCGUAGAGCGAAUUACAGUAGUCAAGCCUGGAGGUGACCGUCGCAUGGAUCUCCAUCCCACGCCAUUCAGGGCAUUCAGAGUGAAGAAUGGGGAAAGGGGUGGGUGGGAAUAGAACUUUCUUCAAGUUCCCUUUCACUUUCACUUCUCUGGAUCCAAGCCACUGUCUUUCUCUUAUGAAUUAGGUUAACUAUAGGAAAUGGUAUUGCCUGACUGUGUAUAUAAUGACGCUUGACUGGAGUGUCUACGGAGCUCGCUAGACGUCCUGGCAUUUCAAUUUUGUUUCCAAGCAGCAGUUUAAAUAAGAAGUAAAAAGCGGCAGGACUUGAUUGGGAAUGAAUGAAACCACCUAGUGACUGAUUGCCGAUUGAUCAAAUCGACAAGGAGCAGCAUCUUGCGGUUAAAAGAAAGGCACACUGCGUGCUCUGAGCAUCCCGCAAGAGGCGUUUGGGAAUAACUCAGCAGCAAUAAAGCUGAUUUCAGUUCAUAGCAGGCAGCUGAUAUCGGGCAAUAGACUUAGGAAAAUGCAGCGCCAGCAAGCCAUUGCACCAAGCAAGCUCGACUUCACCGUCUGCGGUAGAAGUCUUGAAAUGCUCAGUUGCAAAACAGCGCAAUGGGCACAUAGCGGAACGGCCAGCUCCAUGUGUAGAAACAUCAUUGAUGUCAAAGGAAAACCUCUGUGGGGAAAUGGGCGUGUUAGGCUAUUACAGGGCAAAGCACCCUAGACGUCGUGCCAGCAAACUUGAGCAUGUCUAAUUGUGAUACAUUUGCUCCAUUUGUCUAGGGUUGCUUCCACAGCUCAUUGGUGUCGCUCCAGAAAAAGCCAUUAAGCUUACAGUGAGUAUAUUUAUUUUUAAAUAAUUUUCUUUAGAGGGUUUUCGAUCCAGUUUUGGGAGGAGACGCUCCUCAAAAGCAGCUCCCAACGUACAUACAAAUCCAAAUCCAAAUGCAGUAUGAAAAAUGUGAACAUAAAGAUAUUUUAAAGUGAGGAUAACUCGACACUUUUGCACUGCUUUCUUCUUUUUUGGGGGAGAAGUAUUUACUUUUGUAGAACACCCAAAACAUUUCUCAAGAGAUCUCUCUGCUCCCGGAACUGCCACACUCUGGCCUCUUGUUUUUAGAUCUCCUUUAAAAAAAAUAAAUCUUUACUGAAAGUUCAAAAAGUACAUAAUUAUAUGUGCACUAAACAUAGUGAGACGUAAAUAAAAGAGAGAAAAAGAAAAAGAGAAACAGAACCUGUGAGGAAGAGAAAAUAACGGGAGGAGGUUGGGAGAACCCCAAACCCAUGUACUUUACCAGGUUGUUACUGUACUUCCCCAGAUCUUAACCUAUUACAGAAUUUGUAAGAAUGGAUUCCAGAUAUCAAAUCCAAAUAUCCAAAUAUUAUUUUUAGAUCUCCUGAAUAAACUGUAGACGAGGAAGGUGGAAUUGGGGGCUGAUGGUAUUAAUUAUGUCUUUCUGUUAGGUCAAUGACUUCGUCAGAGACAAAUUCACGCAGAGAGACGGUUCCAUUCCACUGUAUGCAGAGAUCCUUGCGGGAGGCUGCGUAAGUAUCCCUGCCAUGGGAAGAAGCACACCUUUCCCACUUUGUGCCCAUAUUAAAAUGACUGCCGACACAUAACAAUUUUAUCGCCGUGUCAUGGGAAGAGCUGCCACAAUUUUGGUGCUGUUUGUCCCUUUCUAUUGACACCUUUUCCACUGCCGGCUGCUACGUGGAGCAGGUUACAGCAAAGCAGGGCAUCUCUUUACAUUACUACCAUCAGCACAAAGCUGUUGUUAGAAAUGUCAGGUUGUUUUCCCCCACAAAACAGCUCUGAUUGUCAACACCGGCUGGAGAAAAUGACCGUGAGAAAGCCACGGCUGUAUAUAUAUAUAGAGAGAGAGAGAGAUGUAGAGCUCUCUCGGUUUUUUGGCAGAAGAGUUCCUUUUGUCUGAAAGGUGGAGAGGAGCUUUAUUUAUCUCCUGCAGAGCAAAUCCAUUGUCUGCUUGCAACAGGAUUUAUCUGGCUCCAGUUGUUGUUUUUUUAAUCAAGAGGACAUUUAUGUAAGUAACAAUGUACCGUAUUUUUCGCUCUAUAAGACGCACUUUUCCCCUUCUAAAAAGUAAGGGGAAAUGUGUGUGCAUCUUAUGGAGCGAAUGCAGGCGGGAGGCUCUGCUCAGCGCUCCCUUUAAAGAGCCGCGUGGAGUGUGUGUGCGGCUCUUGGGGUCUUUUCCCUCAGGGAAAAGCCCCCAAGAGCUGCACACAGGCUCCACAUGCUCUUUAACGGGAGCGCGGCUCUUGGGAGAGCCUUCAUCCUGCUGCCCGGGAGAGGCUGUGCGCGGCUAUCCCAUAAGCCAGGACAGCAAGAGGGAUCGCUGCGCAGCGAUCCCGCUUGCUGUCCUGGCUUCUGGCUUAGCGCGUAGCUCUUGCGGGAGGUGGGGGAAGGGACAGAGCGUGCGGCUCUGUCUUUUCCUCCACCUCCUGCAAAAGCCCCCAAGAGCCGCGCAGAGCGUGUGUGCGGUGCUUGGGGGCUUUUCCCCGAGGAGGGAGAAGGGCAGCCCGUCAGCCCCUCCUCGGGGAAAAGCCCGCAAGUGCCACACACAUGCUCCACGCAGCUCGUGAAAGGGAGCGCUGAGCAGAGCCUGGGAUGCAUACAGGCUCUGCUCACUGCUCCCUUUAAAGAAUCCCUCCCCCUUGCAUUCCCCCUCUAAAAAACUAGGUGCAUCUUAUGGAGCGAAAAACACAGUAAAUGCAGGGCCAAAUGUGAAACACUUUUGAGCUCCAUUGAUUUCCAUGGGGGAGAGUUAAGCAGGUGCCUAAUUCUGUCCCAGUGAAAUCAGUGGGAGUUUUAAGUGUUCCAUUGUACAUUGUAUAUAGGAAGCUGCCUUUAUGCCAGGUCAGUCCAUCAAGUUCAUUGUUGUCUACACUGACUGGCAACAGCUGUCCAAGGCUUCAGGCACAGGUCUCUCCCAGCCCUACCUGCCAAAGCAAGGGGUUGAGCCUGAGACCUUUUGGGUGCAAAGUGAACGCCCCACCACCGACCGAGCUGCCCUCCUUCUCAGAACAAUAUAUCACUGACAUUUUCCAGGACGCAUUGAUUCCAGUGCAGCUUGAAUCUUAUUGAAAUGCAAGGAGUUCCACUCUAACGCAUUCCUUACUGAAGGGCAGCUGCUCUUUCUGCCACCUCAGUUCUACUGUACCCUUCAGGAACCAGAAAUGUAGCCCACCCCCCAAGAGUGGAGAGUAACUGAUGCAAAGGAUGGAGGCAGGUAAUCUGUUUCUCAGAGAACCGACAGCCGUUUGAAUGAAUGCUGGCUGCUUUUGGUGAGCACACUUAGCCCAAUUUCACCAUGGGUUAAUUGUUCAAAUAUACGCUCAGCCUUGGUUUGCUGUUCUUAAAGCGUUAGGGGAAGGUCCCUGCUGAAUUGUCAAGCCCGGACCCUGCAAAGGCAUUGCAUUUUUGUUGUUUACUAUUUAUUUGUAUAUCGCCCUUCGUACGUAAAAGUCAGGAUGGUUCGCCACAUAAAGUGGCAUCAUAGUUCUUUUAGUAUCUUUUUAAAGAGUUGAGUUGAAAAGCAUCUGUCUUCCUAUGUAGCUUCUGUCCUCACUUUGGUGAAGCAAUAGACUCGGUUGUGCUUAAGGUUAUUAUCCAUUCUAAGCCGACAAAGGUCUGUAUAGUUAAAGCUAUGGUUUUCCCAGUAGUGAUGUAUGGAAGUGAGAGCUGGACCAUAAAGAAGGCUGAUCGCCAAAGAAUUGAUGCUUUUGAAUUAUGGUGCUGGAGGAGACUCUUGAGAGUCUCAUGGACUGCAAGAAGAUCAAACCUCUCCAUUCUUAAGGAAAUCAGCCCUGAGUGCUCACUGGAAGGACAGAUCCUGAAGCUGAGGCUCCAAUACUUUGGCCACCUCAUGAGAAGAGAAGACUCCCUGGAAAAGACCCUGAUGUUGGGAAAGAUGGAGGGCACAAGGAGAAGGGGACAACAGAGGACGAGAUGGUUGGACAGUGUUCUCGAAGCUACCAGCAUGAGUUUGACCAAGCUGCGGGAGGCAGUGGAAGACAGGAGUGCCUGGCGUGCUCUGGUCCAUGGGGUCACGAAGAGUCGGACAUGACUAAACAACAACAACAUCUAAAAGGCCACACCUGAACCAUAUAUGUAGAGCACUAUUAUGUCACUUUAAGCAACCCUGCUUCUCCCCAGUGAAUCCUGGGCACCAUGGUUUGAGAAGGGUGCUGAGAGUUACAGGCGUACCUUGGUUUUCGAACAGCUUAGUUUUGGCUCCUGAACGCCACAAACCCAGAAGUGACUGUUCCAGUUUGCGAACUAUUUUUGGAAGCCAAACGUCCGACGGGGCUUCUGAUUGGCUGCAGGAGCUUCCUGCAGCCAAUCAGAAGCCACGCUUUGGUUUCCAAACGUUUUAGAAGUUGAACGGACUUCUGGAACGGAUCCAAGGUAUGACCGUAUUCCCAUCACAGAGCUGAGUGAUUUGAACACCAGUCCCUCUUCCCAGGGAACUCUGGGAACUGUACCUCUGUGAGAGGAAUAGGGCUCUCCUAACAACUACGUGGUGGCGUAGCGGGUGGCGCUGUGGGUUAAACCACAGAGCAUAGGACUUGCUGAUCAGAAGGUCGGCAGUUUGAAUCCCCGCGACGGGGUGACCUCCCGUUGCUCGGUCCCUGCUCCUGCCAACCUAGCAGUUCGAAAGCACGUCAAAGUGCAAGUAGAUAAAUAGGUACCACUCCGGCAGGAAGGUAAACGGCGUUUCCGUGCACUGCUCUGGUUUGCCAGAAGCGGCUUAGUCAUGCUGGCCACAUGACCUGGAAGCUGUACGCCAGCUCCCUCAGCCAAUAAAGCGAGAUGAGCGCCGCAACCCCAGAGUAGGUCAUGACUGGACCUAAUGGUCAGGGGCCCCUUUACCUUUACCUUUAACAACUUUCAACACCCUUAACAAACUGCAGCGCCCAGGAUUCUGCCAAAGUGCUGUAAUAAUGCUUUAGAUGUAUGGUGCAGCUGUGGCCAAAGAGGCCAGAGCCCUCCCCGGGUUUGGAUCUGGGAACUCUUAAUAACUUCCAGUUGAACAGGCUGGAUGGAAAUCUUCAGCUUGUCACCAAAACCAUGGGCAAUGAGGCUGUUGACCUCUGCAAACUCCGAAUUCAAAGAGGCAGCCCUGGAGUGAUGCUGUUCUUACUUCUCCCUGAUUAGAAAUGGCAGCCCUGUAGAUACCCCAGCCUUCGCUUGUCAGUGCACAAACCCACGUUUGGGAAAGGCAACAACUGAGCGAGUUAUAGCCGUACCCCAGAGAGAACCUAAUCUCGCUUUUGAAGGCCCAUUAGAAGCAGCUACAGUUAUAUGGAAGAGACCCCUCAACCCCGCAAAUAAAUGUAAUUCAAAGGCCUGACACAUCUGCUGACUUCUCUCCCCCCCCCCCAACUUCCCGCCGCCAGCCCCCCCAUCCGAAGUCAGCUAUAAACUGCUGGGGGCUGCUGUGGUUUCAUGAGGAAGCCCACACAGCCUAACGGCAGUAUAAUUUUUAUGAAAAUGUAUGCACAUUUUAAAUUAGACUUGAGUUCCUUUAAAAAAAAAAAUUGCUUGAGGAUGUUUUCAGGUAUGCAUUCAUUAGGCUAUUUCCCCCCCUGCUGCGACAUGUGUUCAGUAAGGAAUCUUAGCGAUUUCUGUUUCGGUAAUGAACUUUGAUUAUUAGGGUUACUAACUUAAUAUUGUUUUGUACCAAAACAUGUUUCUAGCAUGGGCAAGUCUUCAUUAAGCGCUACCUCUGUCCCUUUUUGCUCAAGGCAUUUUAAUUUGAAGUGUAGUCCGUCAUUCACACCAAGAACAUUUGAACAUCAAAAGCUGAGCUCAUCAUUGCCUACUCUUGACUGGCAGAGCAUCUCAGAAAGAUGUAUUUCCCAGCCAUAUGUGGAGAUGUUGGGGUUUGAACCCAGGAAUUUUGCUCUCCCACUAAGCUCCCCUUGGGUAGCAGACAAGGAAUCCUAAGGGGUUUCUGGCUCUGAAUUGCACAUCCUCUGCCCCAAGUACUAAAAGAAGAGCGCUACCUGCACAAAUGUCUCUGAGCCAAUCCGUUGCAGAAAGGCAAAUGUUUGAGCGCUUCCCCAGUAAAGCUGACUUUUAAAAAAUAAAAUAUCUAUUUAAAAGAAAGUCUUCUCCUCUUGGUCCCAGGGCAUUUUAGGGCUUCUUAUAGGCAAUAACUAGCACCCUAAAGCAGAGACAUCACCUUGCCAGCAAAGGUCCAUAUAGUUAAAGCUAUGGUUUUCCCAAUAGUGAUGUAUGGAAGUGAGAGCUGGACCAUAAAGAAGGCUGGUCGCCAAAGAAUUGAUGCUUUUGAAUUCUGGUGCUGGAGGAGACUCUUGAGAAUCCCAUGGACUGCAAGAAGAUCAAACCUCUCCAUUCUGAAGGAAAUCAGCCCUGAGUGCUCACUGGAAGGACAGAUCGUGAAGCUGAGGCUCCAAUACUUUGGCCACCUCAUGAGAAGAGAAGACUCCCUGGAAAAGACCCUGAUGUUGGGAAAGAUGGAGGGCACAAGGAGAAGGGGACGACAGAGGACGAGAUGGUUGGACAGUGUUCUCGAAGCUACCAACAUGAGUCUGACCAAACUGCGGGAGGCAGUGGAAGACAGGAGUGCCUGGCGUGCUCUGGUCCAUGGGGUCACGAAGAGUCGGACACGACUAAACGACUAAACAACAGCAAAGCACCCUAAAUUGCACUCUGAAACAGCUGGCGCAAUAAAAGGGGCCACAUGAUCCCAGCACCUUGCCCCAGUCGAGAUUUUAGCGCCUGCAUUCCUCGUGUAUUGGAGCUCUUAAGUGCUUUUCAAAGGCAGCCUCACGUCAUGUGUGAUUCUAGUGCAGCCAAACGGUAAGCGAUGCAUGUAGGACCGUGGCCAGGUUUGACCCUACCAGGAGUGGGCAGCCCCCUCGGAACUGGGGGGGAAUCGCAAUAGAGGUGCUGUAGGGAUAGAAAGAGAGGGAUUCCUUUUAUUGGAACAGGGCUGUUGGUUUCUGUGGACGGCGUCUUCGAAGUGGCCGUAUUUCCAGAAGGAGCAGGACGAUGUAGCUGACCAACGUCGGCUGUACGGAAGCGGAAUCACCUAGCUAUCUCCUCUGCGUGCUGUUGUUUUUAAGAAACAGGAAAAAAGGGAGGCAGGGACUUUAUUACUUUCACAUCAUCGUUCCAUAUAUUAGCCAGGUUUAACUUCUAUAUAGUGGUACCUCGGGUUAAGAACUUAAUUGGUUCCGGAGGUCCGUUCUUAACCUGAAACUGUUCUUAACCUGAGGUACCACUUUAGCUAAUGGGGCCUCCUGCUGCCGCCACAUGAUUUCUGUUCUCAUCCUGGAGCAAAGUUCUUAACCUGAGGUACUAUUUCUGGGUUAGUGGAGUCUGUAACCUGAAGCGUCUGUAACCUGAAGCGUCUGUAACCCGAGGUACCACUGUACUUGUCAGGCUGCAAGGAGCAGCCCAGGGCAAACAGUUGACCAUGCAUCCUUUUUUGUAAGAAGCCCCAUUGAGAGGAUGGAGUGAUGUGCUGGGGGAAAAAAUUCCCCAAGAUCCCUAAAAGCAGAGGGCGCUUAAUGUGCACUUGCCUGAGAAAGUUAGCACAAAUUUCUGGAGCUUAGCUGGGAGAAGGGAGUGUGAGCACCUAGAAGUCGUCUCCUAAGAGCAAUCUGCGUCAAAGGACAAUGUUUUCAGUGUGGGGAAAAGUUUUGGUCCGGGACGCUGACUGUUUUCAGCAAGAGGAAGCGGGUGUUGGGGGCAGGGCUGAAGCGCCCCCCCUUCCCCCUUUGUGUCUUGUGCCUCACGGGUGGAAUUGGAAAGGGCAAGAGGUCUCCUCUUCCAGGGUCACUUGUGCAUUUCCUUCCGCCUCUGGCAUGUCAGAAGGUGUUUGCUGUGGGAUCUCAGACUGCAUCUCUUCUCUCAUAACCUUUGCUGUCAGCUUGAGUUUUUUUGCAUUUGUUCCUCGUGGAGACUUUAUUUUACAUGACGUUAAGGUUAAGCAAGGGAGCUUGAAUUGUUCGUACUCCUGAUCUGUAUGAAUAACCUCCAUUCAGGAUUGAAUUUGUCAUGUUGCUGCCCCAAAAGGUGUCUGUCAUAAUUUAGGAACCGUUUUCUGCGUGUGAGAAUAGCUGGGCUUGUAUCGGGCUUAUUAUUUGGACACUGUAUUUGAAUGGAGCCGUUGUUUAUAGCACAGCCUGCCAAUGCGCUCUCAGAAUGUCUGCAUAGAUUCCUUUUUCCAGGGUGUUCCACCCCCUCCCCGCUGAGGGUUUGGAACCAAGUUUCCUUGGUCUCCCCUCCUUAAUAAAUUUCAGUUUCUAAAGCAGUGAUAACACCCAUGCUGCUACCAUAGCCAUUACUACAGUGGGGCAUCUGUUGGGUGCCAGUAUUAUGCUACAUGCUGCACAGAGCCUGAGUCAAGUUAUGUUUCUCCAGAGGGACAGGGAUGCGGGUGGUGCUGUGGUCUAAACCACUGAACCUCUUGGGCUUGCCGGUCAGAAGGUCGGCGGUUCAAAUCCCUGCGAUGGGGUAAGCUCCUGUUGCUCUGUCCCAGCUCCUGCCAACCUAGCAGUUCGAAAGCACGCCAGCGCAAGUAGAUAAAUAGGUACCGCUGUGGCGGGAAGGUAAACGGCGUUUCCAUGCACUCUGGCUUCCGUCACAGUGUCCCGUUGCGCCAGAAGCGGUUUAGUCAUGCUGGCCAUGUGACCCGGAAAGUUGUCUCUGGACAAACGCCAGCUUCCUUGGUCUGAAAGCGAGAUGAGUGCCGCAACCCCAUAGUCGCCUUUGACUGGACUUAACCGUCCGGGGUCCUUUACUUUUACCUUGUCCAGAGGGGUUCCGGUUCCACCUUAACAAAAUACCUUCACUGAUCAUAUUAAGGAUCAUUCCUUAAUCUAAGGAAUGGAACUCUGGAACAAAUUAUUCCACAGUUCAGCCACUGAUCCAGGAUGGAAAGUUUUGGGCUUCCGGAUUAAUCCAGUCAAGUCAUUGCACAAUGAGAACGGCUUACUCUCAUGCAAUGGAACUUCCCCUCCCUCUCCGUCCCCCCCCCCCCGCACUUACCUAAAUCUACUCCUGAGUGUAGGGAGACCCCCCCAAGAGCAGAUUAAGGGGCAGUGCAGGCGGUGGGCAGAACGAAAAAAUCCAUUUACACGGGAAGAAGUGUUUCUGCUAAUGCAAUGGCUUUAUUUGUUUCUUUAGAAAAUCCAUAAACAUGUCGCUGAAAAAUAAAUUCCCCCGAGCUUCCGUAUGCAACAUGACUAAAACAUGUGAGCCAGUUAAAAACAAGUAUGCAUAAAGCCAUCUUUUUUUAAAGUUCAAAAAGUACAUAAUGUGCACUAAACAUGGUGAGACAUAAAUAAAAGAGAAAAGGAGAAAGAGAACCUGUGUUUAACCUAUUACAGUAUUUGUAAGAAUGGAUUCCAAAUAUCGUUGAAUUUGUCCAUGGCACGUCUUCGUUUAUAUGCAAGAUGUUCAUAUGUUGCGAGUUUGUAUAAAUCUUCAAUCAUAGAAGGGAGCCACAUUUUUAUUUUUCCAACUCACCAGUAUCAAAUAUGCAUAAAACCAUCUUUAAAAACCAAGGUAAAAUCAGUGAAGCUUUUAAAAUAAGUGUAACUAACUUGUGUGUCUGGAUAAGCUUGCUGAAAUUAAAACCUUUUCAUCAAGCAUGUAAAAAUAAAUAAAUAGAGAAGCCACACCUUCCUAAUGUCAAGUGGCAGGGAGUUCCAGAGCACAGAUGCUGCCACACCGAAGGAACGACUCGUCGCAGAUGCGGAACGGCCAUUGUGUGGCAUUUGUAAAAGUGCGAGUUCCACAGACCAAAGUGAACAAGUGGACACAUUUAAGGCAAUCCUUGAAGUAAACUGGUCUAUAGCAGCAAAGCAGAUAAGCCUAUGUCAACUUUGAACUUGGCCUGGUAACAUGACAUUGGUCAGUGCAGCCCUCUGUGUGCUGCAGUUCUUGCAGCCGGAUCCUUCCUCCCAAGUACUUGGAGAUGUGUGCAUCUUCAGUCCACGGGACUUAAGUUUUGUCACCUCUUGGAAUAGGUAGGAGAAUGAGCCCCAAGUCCUUGUAGUCCCUCAAGCAGCUGACGGUUGCUGUCGGAGCAGGCAGUCUUGCCAACUUUUGAGGUAUGUAUUUUGGGACACACAGAAUAGUUUUGUGUGCAGGACUCAUGGCCGCAUACUUAUGUGCACAGGCAGGAAAGACGUGCACACAUUUUCGGAGGUGCUUUGAAAGUUCACUGUGAGGGACUCUGCGGUGGGGCAAUUGGCUGAAGUCAGAAUUUGCAAGAUUUCCCAUGCGUUUCCCCUCUGACCUCACACAUGACAGCCUAGGACUGCGGCCUCAUCACAGAGCCUUAGACAAGAUUGUGCAUUUUAAUUAAAAGAAAUAAGCUACAUUGUGCCAUCAACACGGUUCUGAAGUCCAAAAAACCUGAAUCUACUGAUACAGGUUCCAUCAGUCAAAGCUGCAUUUUUCUGAAAUCCUGUCCCUUUAAAGAGCUUGCUGCUGUUUGUGCACAUGCAAAACACCAUUUCAACCGCUUUCCACGAAAGGAACUGGGGAAGUUAAUUGGGCCGUGAUUGGCUUCUCCCUCCCUCUCCUUCGAAAAUAAAAAUGUUUAUGAAUUGAUCUAUUUGACUUUUUUUACAGGGUUAUUUUGCCAGCCCUGCAGGAACUCUAAUUUCUAAAAGAUGAAAAAUAAAAACAAAACAAUGCCUUGCAAAACAGAAUUUCCUGUAUAUACAGGCACCACAGUAAACUCCGGUGAACCAAUCUCAAAUGACUAGUCUGGCCAAAUUCAAUUUCUAUUCCUUUUUUGAAGUGUGUGUGUGUGUGUGUGUGUGUGUGUGUGUGUGUGUGAUUUCUACAAGAAAUAUCUUUAAUGACUCAAUGAACAAAUCUACACCUUUCAAGUCAGUUUUGCCUUGUUUUUUCUAAUGGGAGGGGAAGAGAAAAUAUUUUGCAAAAUGCUUAGGCUAUCAAUGUGUGUCAUCAGUUACACAGCUCAAACAAACUGCUGGCUACAAUGCCCACAACUACGGCUGGGCGAGAUAUUGUCCAAAACCAAAAUUAUGAUACUGGUUUCGUAAUGUUUGACCUAGCGAUAUAUUGCAAAUCGUGAUGGGUGGGUGGGUGCUUGGUCUGAAAGUGAGAUGAGCGUCGCACCCCAUAGUCACCUUUGGCUGGACUUAACCAUCCAGGGACGUGGGUGGCGCUAGGGACCUGGGUGGUGCUGUGGGUUAAACCACAGAGCCUAGGACUUGCCGAUCAGAAGGCCGGCGGUUCGAAUCCCCGCGACAGGGUGAGCUCCCGUUGCUUGGUCCCUGCUCCUGCCAACCUAGCAGUUCGAAAGCACAUCAAAGUGGAAGUAGAUAAAUAGGUACCGCUGCAGCGGGAAAGUAAACGGCAUUUCCGUGCGCUGCUCUGGUUCGCCAGAAGUGGCUUAGUCAUGCUGGCCACAUGACCCGGAAACUGUACGCCGGCUCCCUCGGCCAAUAAAGCAAGAUGAGCGCCGCAACCCCAGAGUUGGCUACGACUGGACCUAAUGGUCAGGGGUCCCUUUACCUUUACUUUAACCAUCCAGGCGUCCUUUAGCUUUUACGUUUUUAGGCACUGAAACUACCUUGGUUGCCCUUAGGAUGACCUAUGCCAAGGGAGAGAUGGCAGGGGUAUAUGACACUGCCGAUAGCCACACGGGGGCAUUUUGCGGAGAGAUCAUGGUUGUGGAGGAAAGGGUUUUAAAUUUCUUCUUUUGUGGUGCUGUGCUGGUGAAAAUCUCUCCCCCCCCCCCAAUUUCCCAGAGCCUAUUAUUAUAAUUUUAAAGCGAAGUGUCGCAGCCAGUAUUACAUCCAGGUUUAAUUUUGGUAAAGGCAGACAAGCCGUUUCCAAGUAGGCGGAUCGGUCCAGCCGUCUGUCCCAUGAUGACCCCUGCACUUUUUCCAGAAGUGAAGGGUGGUUAGACCUAUAGCGGGCCAAGGGAAAGUCUAAACAUGUCACUUCCCAGUACGUUUACAUGCUUCUGGAGCGAAACUGUCACGUUGAAUCGCCCUGUGAAAUUUUGAAAUGCCGCUUGGUGAAUGUCUGAGGUUAAAACGCACAACUUGGGAGAGAGCAGUUCAUGCAGCAAACCUCCUGUGAGGGACGGGGCUUGCGCUCUUGCUAAUGAAAUAUAAAACAACUUGACAGCUGUUAAAUUUGUGUCACACCCAGGCUGGGGAAACUGGUAAUAUCAAUCUGUUUCUGUCUGUAUCUUCCCCCGCACCUUUUCUUUUCUUCUUUUUUUAAUAUAUAAUUUUUACUAUAACAGAUGUGGUAAUGGAGGUGUGCCCAUUAUUCACUCUGAAACAAUGAAUUUCCAUUUUAAAUGGUAAAAAGCUCCCCUAGUCAAGCCUAAGAGCCCUGCCAAUUAUUUACAGUAGCAAAAGCCAAUUUUCAUUCAGCUCACCUUUUGCCAUCACUCAAAAUCAUUAAACACUGACAAGCACAACAGCAAUUAAUGCUCCCUUCCAACAGUGAUGGUGCCUAUUUAUAUUUCUUAGUCACUUUGCUCGCAGAAAUGACUCAAAGCGACUUACAAUGCAGUAGAAACGCUGAAACAGCCAACUCUUCCAUUAAAAACCUAAAACACGCAUUUAUACGAAUCAAAGCCUGCUGUUCUGUUGCUACCCUGCAGACCUCUUGCGGAGCACAGAAGGGCCUCAGGUGAUGAUUGCAGAGUUUGGACGGCUGGUUCUUGUUGGGAGAGGCUGGCGGCGAAGUAUCGGGAGCAAAACCUGCCCUUUGAACGGAGCCUGGAAACUAUUCAGUAGCCAGUGCGAUCGUGCCAGAAUUGGAGCUAUACGUUUCGGCUGCCCUGCACGGUUGACAGUCCAACUGCUGGACUCUGCAGCAGCUGCACUUUCCGAACUCGCUUCAAGGCCAGCCCCACAUAUUGCAGUGAUCCAGCCUAGAGGUUGCCAGAACAUAGGCAACAGAAGUUAGGCUUUCCCUGUCCAGAGAAGGUCCCAGUGGGGCCACCGGUCAAAGCUGACGGAAGGCGCAGUGAUACCGGGCCUUUUCACUCUUGUCUUUUAUUCCGCCGUAGUCUUUUGUUCCACGUUAGUGGAGGAAGUCUAUCGAUGAGCAAGAGUCCAGUGGCUGAGUGGAGGGUCGCCCUUGAUGGCAUUGAUAGUCUGCCCCUCCUUCCUGAAGAAUGGAAUAAAUUUAAUGAUUAUUUAGUUAAAUUUGUUAAGUUAAACUAACUGGAAAUAGCUUGCAGAUACUUAAUAGGCUUAGGAUUUUAUUUAUGUUAAGUGAUGAAUUAAUAUGUUUAAUUCUAUAAGGUGCAGAUUUAAGGAUGUUAAUGUUAAAGUUAAAUUUCAUAAACAUUGGGAUUUGGAAAACCGUUAAAAGGACAUGCAAUGAAAUUCAACCAAGGGGAAGCGAGGAAGUCACUUAACAAAGUUAAUAACUGUAAUUUUUAAUAAGGCUAUGAUUUAUGUUUGUUUGUCUUGUUUGUUUGUUUGUUUGUUUGUUUGUUUGUAAUAUUGUGAAAACCAAUAAUUUUUUUGGCAAUGAUAAUCUGCCCCUCCAUUCAGCAGCCGUGUACUUGCACAGUGCUGGUUGCCAUAGCCUCACCACCUCCUGGUGAAAUGCUCUUCCUUCCUUUAUCUGUCAUUUUGCCAUGGCUGUUGGUGGUUUUGGCUAGUGAACUGCACUUCUGCUGCUGCCGUGACAUCAGCAGCAGCUAGCCAGUCACGUGCCUCUGGUUGUCUGCGCUUUCAGAAUGCGCUUUCCUGUGUUAGGCUGCGUGCAAAAUUGCAAACCCCACUAAGACUGGGUGAGCUUCUCUCCGGCUUUCCACCUGCUUAUUUGUUCCGUACCAAGAAGAAGGAAAGCACGGCAUAAUAGACAUUUGUUUAUUAUUGCAAUUUCAACUAAAGCAUGGUGGGCUGCCCUAAAACAUUGGCUCAGGAUUUCAGCGUUUCAUCUAGGGAAGGGUUUGUACCAACACCUGACCAAUGAGGAGUUUGUCAGCAAAUGGCAGAAAACCAUGGCUAGAAAAGCCACUUCUAUUGGUCUGUCACCCCCCCCCCCAACUGUAUUACCUGGCUUAUGAAGGCGCCCAAAAGGUUUUAAAGCAAAGAUAAUGGGACAAUGCACACAGUGACUUGCGAUCUCGAUCACACGCAGUCUGUAGUCCGCUGGCAGUAGGAGUACAAUAUGGGCAUGUCUUUAAGUUAACAUCUUACCUGACAGUACCAAAUUAUAGAAGGCUUUUCACCAAAGCCAGACUAAACGUCUUUCCUUCUGCCGUGUUGGAUGGCAGGUUGAGAGGAGUUCCCUACCAGGACAGACCUUGCUUGUGUGCUCAAGACACCGAUUCCAUAAAACAUAUUUUGCAGCACUGUGCAAAGUAUGAGCAAGCCAGGGCUGAACUGAUAUCACCCUUGCUGGUACCUUUCCCGGGAAAAUCAGAGGCUCACCAUGUCAGGUUCCUAUUGGAAGACUGGACAAAUGCUAGAACAUUAGAAGAGGCAAAGUUUUUAUUGGUGGUUGCAAGAACCAAUGAUCCCUAUAUUCUGAACAAACUGCUUGUUUAACCUGGAGGUAGGCUGUAUGAAUCGUGCAUUGCUUUGUAACGAUUUGUUGGGUGUCUGGACUGUAAUAAAGAUUGAUUUGAUUUGAUAUUAUUGUUGUUGUCACUGUUAAUUUUUACUCGUUGCUUCCCUCGCACGCAGGGGCGGAGGAAGGGUGUGUGUGGUGGGGGCAGGCUGCCCUGGGUGUCACCACAGGGGGGGUGGGGUGACUAAAUGCUGGGCGGCACUCACCGUGGGGCCUGCAGCGCGCCCGAGCCACGUGUCUCUCCUGGGGGUGACGCGGUGGCUUGGGUCCCCACAGGCUCCACACAGCCCCAAACGGUCCGCCCGCUGCCUCCCCCUCAGUUGUAGGGCGGCUGAGCGGGAGGAGACAGGCAGACUCCUCUGAGGCCCCACGGAGCGUCCUGUCCCGGCUCGCCCCGCCCCACAGGUGGCUGGCCCCGCCCCCGGUCGCAGGGCAUGUGCGCCACCCAAGGCGCCCGAUCAGCUUGCUCCGCCGCUGCUUGCAUGUGACACAAUGUACAAACACCAUAGAAACGCAUUUAUACAAAUUAAAAAGGCAGGUCAACUGUCUGUACAUUCUGUGAUGGUUGACAAAGAUUUUAUACUGCUUUUCAGCUUAUUCAAGUUACAGGAUUGGCUUAGGGGCUGGGGAAUAUUUGUCUUCUGAACUAAAACACACCAUACAGAACCCGCUAGGCAGAGGACCAUCGGAAUAAAAGCAGGCGGCUGAGAGUGGAUGUCGGUGGUCCCCCCCCCCCUUGUGAUGCCCCACUUUUGAAUGCCUUCUCAAUAUUCAUCAACUGCAAAAACUGUAGCAGCUCUGAUCCCUAGAAUAUCAGCUAGCGAAGCGAACCUUAAGUUGCCUAAAGCCGUUGCCCGAUACUCAAUGUGGAUGCAGUGGCGUAGUGUGGGGGGUGCAGGGGGGCCGGCCGCACCGGGCGCAACAUCUGGGGGGGCGCGCUCGCACUCGCAGCUCUCUGCCCCUACCUGGCUCACUCACUCUCUCUCACUGCAUUGCUGGCUGUGCAAAUCCGAUCCGAGCCGCUGGGUCGCCGCCCACUGUGGAGGGGGUGGGUGCCAGGCGUGCGGUGCGGAGAGAGAGCGAGGGGCUAUCUGGGGGAGGGACAGUGCAGCGGCCGCCCAGCGCAGCGCUGAGCGCGGGAGAGAACCACACCAGACCAGACCAGGCAGCAGCAAGAAGAAGCUGGCAGUGGCGGCAGGUUAGGGGUUAGGGGGCGCAAAUUACUUGCCUUGCCCCGGGUUAGGGGGCGCAAAUUACUUGCCUUGCCCCGGGCGCUGACAACCCACGCUACGCCGCUGUGUGGAUGCGAGUUCUUAAGUGUUGGAAAGAUCACAUGUGGAUUUUGGGGUUCUUUGGUGGUGGGGAAAUCUCUUAACAUUGUGUUGUGUUCUGCUCUCGCAGGCAGGAGGGUCUCAGGUCAUCUUCACGAAUCCCCUGGAGAUUGUCAAGAUUCGGCUACAAGUGGCAGGAGAAAUCACCACAGGGCCGAAAGUUAGAGCCCUCACCGUUCUAAAGGACUUGGGGCUUUUCGGUCUUUACAAGGUGUAUAUUUUCUCUCUUUCUGCAUUCCACUCGCUCAGAUUUUUGUGUGUGUGUGUGUGUGUAAAUCUUUUCAAAUUUGAAAACAAUCUCUGCCUGCAGGGUAGCCCCAUGGUUGAAAAUGGAGAGAAACCCACAUUUAUAUUAGUGGCAGUGGGAUGUACAAAAACACUCCCUCGCUUUCUUCCACGGGCUUUUAUCCCGAGCCGUAGGGAGUCAUGGCUCUGGGGACCCGCUGGCUUCUGGCACAGAUCGUUUCAGUGGGAAGAGGUGGUGGGGUGUGUUGUAGAGGGAGAAAAAGUUUCCUCGCCUUUCCCUUUUGUGUUUAUUAUGGCAGCCCACAUAGCCUUAGCAUUUAUUUCGUGUCUCCGCUAUCUCUAUUGUUACAUUCACAGCGGGCUGCUCUCUUUGUCUUAAUCACACGGCGGCGGCGCAACAGUAGUGUAGUUUAGCAGAAUUCAGAUCUUUAAGAAGUUAAGUGAUGGGAUUUGUCAAUAAUGAAUUCGUUUUGUGAAGGGAGGGGGGAGGAAUAAAACCCACAACCAACCCAGCGAGGCCCAUACCGUACUGUACUUUUAGCAGAAUGCCAGUAAACAGAUCCUUUCCCUGCAGCUCUACUUACUUCCAUCAUUACAGAUCAGAGGUAAUGGAGCGGAAGCUAUUAGUUUUCUUAAACUCGGAAGACUAUUUCUUCCAACACCCUUCAUGACGGCAAGAGACUAAUACGUAAAUUCGGCAGAUGCAGGCAGCUGGGCUCCCGAGAAACAGUGUUAACGCGUUUCUUUGUGCACAGAAUUUGGUUCUGGAGUCGCAGCUUCCAUCCAGAAGUUAGGACAUCAGGAACUGCAUAGCUAUAGCACUUUCCUAAAGGUGUUUUAAUACACAGAACAAGAUUUCACUGCAGUUGGGUGGCUGGUAUUUUUCCUUGUCACCCUUUCCUUGUCACACGUGUCUUAAAAGAGGGUGUGAGCGGGUUGCUAAAAAUGAAUCCCAGAUUAAUUUGAAUUGAGCGAAUGGAUUUAGGAGGCAGAUUAUAAAUCAUUUGGGGAUUUAAAGGAGGGGGGGCACAAAGACAAUGUGCAUGGCUUUGAUUCCACCGCUACAAGCUGUGCUAAUGGACUUGACCAUUAGAAUCAUAGAAUUGUACUGUUGGAAGGGACCACGAGGGUCAUCUAGUCCAACCCCCCUGCAAUGCAGGAAUCUUUUGCCCCAUGUGAGACUCAAACCCAUGACCCUGAAAUUAAGAGUCUCAUGAUCUACCGAUUUUCCUGUCGGCGCUGAGCCUGUUCCGGGGUGGCAGUAGAGAGGUUGCUACAUACUGAUGAUAGGAGGUAUCAAUUGGAUCAUCACAAGUAGACUCUCCUGCCCAUAGAAUUCAGAAGGACAGUGGCCAUAAACAAAGCUCAGAGAUGCCUUCUUCCACUGCACACACUGCCAGAAAACAAAGCAUUCUGACUUUCAACCAAAGUGGUGGUUCUCCUUUUUCAGUCUGACGGCUGUGGGUGAUUGGUACUUAAAGUCUUUGAGCAUCUCCAAUAGAUCUUGCAGCCAAGGAGUCAUAUGGUCUGAGCGUUGGGUCUUUUCUUGCUGUUGACGCUGAAGGUUCUCUUCCACGUUCAGCUGUCUCUGUUUGCCCCAUUGUAAAGAGCCCUGCACCCUCAGUUGUAAUAUUUGUUCACGGAGCCACAAUAGCAUUUUCUCUGCCAGGACGUUCCUGUUCAGACAUGGCAGGGGGAGUGGGAGGGAAUGCAAACAUGUAUUUUAUUCACUGCAUUUUCCCUGCCCUCACUUUCAUGAACCCAAGAAAAUAAAUAUAUUGAGAGAUCCAAAAAUGCAGCCAGUACUUAAAAUGUUGCAAUCUUUUGGUUUAAUAAUAAUGAUAAUGAUGAUGAUGAUGAUGAUGGUAAUAAUAAAUUUAUUAUUUAUACCCCGCCCACCUGGCUGGGUUUCCCCAGCCACUCUGGGUGGCUUCCAACCAAAUAUUAAAAGCAAUACAGCGUCAGACAUUAAAAACCUCCCUAAACAGGGCCACCUUCUGUUGUCAUUUAAAAGUAAAGUAGUUGUUUAUUGCCUUGACAUCUGCUGGGAGGGCAUUCCAUAGGGCAGUCGCCACUCCCGAGAAGGCCCUCUGCCUGGUUCCCUGUAACCUCACUUCUCGCAGGGAGGGAACUGCCAGGAGGCCCUUGGAGCUGGACCUCAGCAUCCAGGUUGGACGAUGGGGUUGGAGACGCUCCUUCAGGUAUACUGGGCUGAGGCCAUUUAGGGCUUUAUAGGUCCGCCUCAACACUUCGAAUUGUGCUCAGAAACGUACUGGGACAUCAUUGGCGAAGCGCCCAUGAUUUGGCAUCAAAUACACCCCCAGCAAUACUGCAGCGAAAGCACUCGACUCAAGAGCAAUCGCCAGUAAAAGCCUAGCAAAAUAAACACGUUUUUAAAUUCCCAUUGGAACAUAGGCAAUUGAGCGCCAAUUGAAUCUCAGGAGGGAAGGAAUUCCCCAGCCAGGGUGUCACCACCAAAAAGGCCGGAUCCCAGGGCAUAGCAUAAUGUACCUAUACUAUAGACAGAACCACAAGGCAGCUUCAAACCGGUGUUGCCCACAUCUCAGGGCUGAGGCUAGGGAGUCGUCCAGAUCCCCUCUUUGCGCCUGGAUAGUUCCCGAGCCUUGUGUGUAGAGGCAGUUUGAAUUUAUCCUGUGUGUCUAUAACUUGUUUGCACUUUCCCCCCUUAUUCACGUGACAGGGUGCCAAAGCAUGUUUCCUCCGAGAUAUUCCCUUUUCUGCAAUCUAUUUUCCUGUGUACGCUCAUUGUAAACUGAUGCUUGCAGAUGAAAAUGGCCACGUGGGAGGAUUUAAUCUGCUUGCAGCUGGUGCUAUCGCAGGUAACAUUUUACAGUGUGAUUUGCAGGCAGCUCUCCUUCUCUCACGUACCUCUCCCCCCCCCCACUUGCCAAACCUGUCCCCUUUCCUAGCAAUCGUUAAUAUUCAUCAGAGCCAGGGAUAGGAAGCUAAUACACUAUUGUAUCUAGCUUAAUCUAAAUUUGAUCACUUUUAUCCUUGGUGGGAGGUAGUGUAAUUUUGACGAGAGCUAAUUACAUUUGCAUAAUGUGGAUAAACAGCUUAAUGCAGCUCAGCAACUUGUAGUCAAAUUUGUACUGUUGGCCUCAAUAGGGGAGUUGCGAUUGUUUCAAAGCUCUCAUUGUGGGAGGCUUGCCGUUUAAAAUCUCAAGGAAACAUACAGAGGCAAGUUUUUAAAAAUUAUCUUGUCUGGUUUUCCUUCAUUUGGCAAGGAGUUGACAUCAUAUAUAGAACAAGAGUGUGUUUUAGAGGUUGAAAUUCAAAAUUAUUCUUUUGGGAGAGCCAAAAUUCACUUCAUCUGCAACUUGUUUGAAGGAGAAGCCAUUAAAAUAGUUCACAUAAGCAUUUAUUUGAAGCAGAAAGCAAUUUUAUGGCGCAGUCCUUCUUUCCUGUGCCCCUGGGUGGGAAGGCGUUUGUUCAGAGAUUUCUGCUAAAGCCUCUGCUCCCCUUCCCAUUGCUGGAUCUGUCAGGCCUGUUGCCAUUCAGACAGGCACAAUACAUGGUGUCCGAUCAUUUCUGAUUAUGUGACUUUGUGUAUGGGUUAUUUACCAGCUUCACGCUUUAUGCCAGAGUACAUUUCGCCACAUGGGUAUUUGAAGCCCUAAACAGCUCCACCCCCAUCGUUGAGCCUGGACACUGAGGUCCAGCUCCGAGGGCCUUUUGGCGGUUCCCGCCCUGAAAGAAGUGAGGUUACAGGGAACCAGGCAGAGGGCCUUCUCGGUAGUGGCACCCACCCUGUGGAACGCCCUCCCAUCAAAUGCCAAGGAAAGAAACAACUAUCUGACUUUGAGGAAGAUGUGAAGGCAACCAUGUAUCGGGAAGUUUUUAAUGUUUGAUGUUUUACUGCGUUUCAUUUUUUUUCACUUGUUGAAAGAUGCCCAGAGCGCCUGGGGCAACCCAGUCAGAUGGGCAGCAUGUAAAUAAUAAACUAUUAUUAUAAUUAUAUUGAAUGUACUCUGGCAUAAAGCGUUAAGCUGCACAAGAGGAAAGAAGCUGCUGCCGUUGGCUUUUGGUUUUGUUACAAAUGUGACUUCAGCCGUUUUUCGUAUUCAUAUUCUUUGGCGUUAGAAAGGUUUCUGCCCGUCUCUGUGUUAAACUAAACACUCAUUUCUCCUGAAAAGGUGUGCCUGCUGCUUCCUUGGUGACCCCUGCUGAUGUCAUCAAGACGAGACUGCAAGUGGCGGCUCGCGCUGGUCAGACGACGUACAAUGGAGUUGUUGACUGCUUUGGAAAGAUACUUCGAGAAGAAGGCCCCGCAGCUUUCUGGAAAGGAGCCGCAGGUAAGGAAAAGAGGUGGGGUGUGUGGGUACGUUUGUAACUUCUGUUUUAAUUUAAAGAAGACUAGAGAGUCCCAAGGCUCGCAACCAUUUAAAUACCUGCUCAAUAAAGCUUGUGCUUCUUCUGUUCAACAGCACGAGUGUUCAGAUCUUCACCUCAGUUUGGCGUCACUCUAGUGACCUAUGAACUUUUGCAGCGCUGGCUCUAUGUUGAUUUUGGAGGCAUGUAAGUACAGUUUACCAUCCUCUAAACCAGGCUUCCUCAACCUCAGCCCUCCAGAUGUUUUUGGCCUACAACUCCCAUGAUCCCUAGCUAGCAGGACCAGUGGGCAGGGAUGCUGGGAAUUGUAGUCUCAAACAUCUGGAGGGCUGAGGUUGAGGAAGCCUGCUCUAAACCAAGCGCAGGGAACCUGUGGCCCUUGAUACAAUGUUCAACUUGCACCUUUCAUCAGCCUCAGCCAGCAUGGGCAAGGAUGAUGGAAGAUGGGGUCCAACAACAUCUGGAGAACUACAGGUUCCCACAUCCCUUCUUGGCUGGUGAAAAAUGGCCUGGUACAUUUAGAUUAAAUUGUGUUUCUAAAUAUAAACAGGAGACUUCAGCAACCUACAAUAUAAUCUUUACUCUUCAACACUCCAGUGGUCUUAGCGUAAGGUUGAGACACUGUGACACAGAACAGGCAGGUGAUGCGCUACAAGAAAUAUAGGGAAUCUGUGGCCAUCCAUAUGUUGUUAUUGUUGGACUCCAACUCAGCCCCAGCCAGCAUAGUCAAUGAUCAGGGUUGGUGGAGAAGUGUCUGCACCAUCCAGCAGUUCCUCAGCUUUUCUCCCUUCAAGCUUAGAAUUUCUGCAUUUUUAAACUAAGAGUCCACUGGGACGCGGGUGGCGCUGUGGGUUAAGCCACAGAGCCUAGGACUUGCCAAUCAGAAGGUCGGCGGUUCGAAUCCCCAUGACGGGGUGAGCUCCUGUUGCUCAGUCCCUGCUCCUGCCAACCUAGCAGUUCAAAAGCACGUCAGAGUGCAAGUAGAUAAAUAGGUACCGCUCCGGCGGGAAGGUAAAUGGCGUUUCCGUGCGCUGCUCUGGUUCACCAGAAGCGGCUUAGUCAUGCUGGCCACAUGACCUGGAAGCUGUAUGCCGGCUCCCUCGGCCAGUAAAGCGAGAUGAGUGCUGCAACCCCAGAGUCGGCCACGACUGGACCUAAUGGUCAGGGGUCCCUUUACCUUUAAACUAAGAGUCAGAAUCCAAGUCAAAGCUUAUGGCCAAUUUACUGCCUUUGGCUGGUGGCAUUCAAGGUAUAUACGAUGAAUCCUAGAAGAACCCUGUGGUGUCGACUGUUAAAAAGAUUCAGGCCUUGGUUGAUGUAAGCCAUCAUGCAAAAGGGUGUUUCAUGGGGAGAGAAAAAGCCCAGUGAACAACACCUGACCCAGUCCUAGCUAUUUCAGAUCUGCAUAUGGAUUCCCUAAUUGAGUGAUCUGUUGGAUCAGCUCUGAGUACCUGGUCUAGAUUCAUGCCCAGCAACGCUCAACACUGUUAAAACUGACAAAGAGAUGCAUGGAUGGGCUGAGAUCAUGAGUGUAAUGCUUCAAGUAUGGGCAGGGAACCUGUAUGGGCUGGUGGUCCAAAUCUUUAUUUGCCCGUGGGCUUACUUUGACAGGUGGGUGGAGCCAUCUGUCAUGGAUGCUUUGGCUGAGAUUCCUGCAUUGCAGGGGGUUGGACUAGAUGACCCUUGGGGUCCCCUUCCAGCUCUACAAUUCUGUGUCAAGUGACUGGGGUGCAGGUGGUUUCACCUGUCGAAUUUGAUUUGCAAUAGUGUGGUUGCUUCAGCAGCAUGUUCCCCACAGGGAACAUGCUAGCAAAGCAGUACCCAGAGCAGAACUGAAACACCCCCUCCACAGUGGUUAUGGGGAAAUUGCCUUACAGGCCAUAUUGGACUAACAGGUAGGUCAAGAUUUGCCCCGCAGGUUUCCCACCCCUGCCUUAAAGAAAUAGCGUUAUGCUGAUGUAACCUGAACUCUGCUAAUUUUCUCUUUGCCUCCUUACCAGCAAACCCUCCGGCUCAGAACCUACACCCAAGUCUCGAAUCUCCGGCCUUCCUCCUGCCAAUCCCGACCACAUAGGUGGAUAUCGACUUGCAACAGCUACUUUUGCUGGGAUAGAGAACAAAUUUGGCCUCUCUCUUCCAAAGUUUAAAUCAGGUGCCGUUUCAGCGCAGCCCAAAGCAGCCGCUCCCUCCUGAGCUGUCCUCUCGAGCCAGAUUAAAAGUAGUGCCAUGGACAGAGAGCUACAACCGUGGCUCUGCUCCUCCAGUCAGCUGCAUGAUGCUCUAGCUGAAUGGAGCACUGACAUCGAAUCACUCCUUUCUAUCCAAAACACAGCUAAUCAUUUGCACACGGGAGACCGAUUCAAGCUUUAAGUUCUAUGCGUAGAAUAAGUAACUAGGGCUUGGCUUAGCACAGCUUGCACUCCAUGUUACUGUACAUAUUGUACAACUUUGUACAGAGACAUUAUCAUGGCAUUGAAAUGCAACUGCAUUUGUAGAAACAGGUGUUGCGGUUCUAAAUAGUUUGAAAUGUACAGAAUGUUUUGGAAAGUGUUUUAUUAAAAAUCAUGUGACAAUAAAAUUUAUUAAAACCAAGAA